CCGCCAUUUUGUCUGGGAGUGGGAACGCGAAAGGGGGAAAGAGAUCGGCGAGGAGGAGGAGGAGGAGGGAGGCGUGGUGUAGGAGGAGGAGGUAGAAAGGGGACGGGGUCCCAGCUGAGAGGGCGGACAAGCAGGCAGGCGGGCGGAAGGGCGAGAAGGAGAGGAUCUGUCUGAGGCAGAGGCGCCCGCCAGAGCGAGCCGGAGUCCUCUGAGGGAAGGAGGGAGCCUCCGUCCGCCUGGCCUCGGUUGAACCCCUCAGCGGCAGCACGAGGAGGAGGCUCCAACAAGGCCGGUGCACUGGGCUGGGCUUCUCCUUGGUGGGGCGGUGGCCGGCCCUCCUCCUCCUCCUCCCUGCCGCCCCGUUGCCCUCUCGGCCCUCCUCCUUCUACUCUCUGGGCUGCCGCCGCUGCUGCUGAGGGGAUUUGGGCGCCGGGGAAUUCCUCGCCCUGCCGCCGCCGCCGCUUCAUUUUGGGGUCCAAAGGGGAGCUGGAAGAAAAGAGCCUCAAGGCCGCGCGACCACCAGCACCACCACCUUCCUCCUCCUCCUCCUCCUUGUCGUCGACAUGUCGGGCCAGUCGAUCACGGACCGGAUCACGGCGGCGCAGCACAGUGUCACCGGCUCGGCCGUCGCCAAAGCCGUCUGCAAGGCCACGACCCACGAAGUAAUGGGCCCCAAGAAGAAGCACCUCGACUGUGAGUAGCGCAGCCGUCGCCGGGCCCGCCAGGCGAAGGGCUUGACGGAGCCUGGGUGGGUGGGCUGGUGGUGACGGCUAGUCCCAGCUGGGGAACCCCUCGGAUAGGGCUCUCCCUGCCGGCCUUUCCAGCCCCCGGGGGAAUGACCUGCCUAGGAGGGAAGGGUCGCCGCCGCCGCGGGGAUUGACAGCGCAGCCCUGAGCAUGGCUGUUCAGAUGUCAAGCCCCGCUACGCGUUCAAAGGGGAAAUGCUCUCUGCUAGUUGGGGUGUGUGUAUAUGUGUGCGUGUGUUUUAGGAUUUCAAUGCAAAAAUCACACGAGGAGUGGGGCUGGCUGACUUUCCAACCUCGCCCCGUUUGCGGGUCAGAGCGAAACCGUCAGUGUUGGUGGGUAUAGGUUUAGUUUUGAAAGGGCUGAGCGCAAUGCCGCUAGUGGCAAGGAAAGCAAGCAAAGAAGGGGGGGGGGAGGCUGCAGCACGACUAACAAACUAGGUUUGAUAGGGUUUAUUUCUGGAGGUUAAGGUUGCAGUUUUGUGCUUGCAUACCUGGAAGGAAGUCCCGUUUAACUUUAUUUUUGAGGAGGUAGGGUUUUAGGAUUGGGCUGUUCAAACACAAUGGCUUGCUGAGUGCAAUGUAUGUUUAACUUUCGGUGUUAAAACAUAACUCUCAAAUUGGCAGUGGUGGGUGUGUUAAACCACUAGUACUAGUUCAGGGUUGUCAAGACAGACAGGAGAAAUUCAUUUAGGAGGCUUGAAAGAGACAUUACCAGCUGGGCAGAAUAGGGUUGUUUUGUGGUUGAAAUUGUACAAGAUAGAUUCUUGGCAGGGUGCAGGGGAAGGAUAUUAAAGCAGGAAAGAUUUGUUUUUUCUUAGUUUUAUUUUCCCCUCUCGCUUAAUCCCAGGACUUGAUAAUGAUGGCAGUUCAUUUCCAGUGACACAUUGACUCCUUGAUUGUUGAGCUAGUUACCAAUUGUAUUCUUGGGGGUAUGUGGCCUUCUCCAUCACUUGAUAUUACAGUACCAGACUUUCUGGUUGUGAUUACUUUGGUAGUUGGUUGUGUAUGCGACAUUUGCAGUAGGAAUGAGAUCCUGCCAGUAUUGCAACAGUUGUCAAAAAUUAGUGGGGCUGGGGACUUGGAGUGAAAUGUUGACAGCCCCUUUCUUUUGCAGACUAAAGACUUGCUUUUUCAGAGCCUCUUACUAGACUGAGGACCCACUUUUUAAUUUCAACCUGUACCCAGGUCUUGUAUAUGUGCUCGGGACUUGGGCUUGGGGAGAGAUCCAAAGUUCAGUAGUAGUGCUUAUUUGCUCAUAGAAGGUCCUAGUUUCAAUUACCAGCAUUUCUUGUUAAAACAGAAAGGUGGUGCUGGGUGGAAUCAGUUAUCAAGUGAUGAGAAAGACCCCUGUCUUCGACCCUAGAAGAUCAUUGCUAGUCAGAGUAGAAAUUCUGUGGUAUAAGUCAGCUUCUAGUGCUUUGAUUUUUUUCUUUCUAGGAAGAGCAGGUGCAGAGGAGGACAGCAGGGCUUCUUACAGUUGUGUAGAAGAGAGAAUUUCAGGUGAUGUGGGGUAAUUGAAGCGGGCCUGCAGAAACCACCUUUGAUGUAAAACUGGGAGCCCUGUCUUUUUCUGCACGUUUUCUCUCCUGCUGAUCAAACAAAGUCAGGUUUUCACCCACUUGUGAGUCCUGGCAAAGUGGGAAGUUUAAAGCAGAUGUUUUAAAAUGGGCUAAAAGGAAAGGUGUGGUGGAUGUAAAAUGCUUUUAUCAAACAAUAUCAGUAUACUUGGCUAUCCUUGGCUAUCCUAUUUACCUGUUGCUGUGCCCACCCGCCCCCCAAAAGCAAAGUAAUGCUGUUGCUUUCAUUAGUAAGGUCAGUAGCUUUUAGAUCCCCCCCCCAUCUUGUGAAUUUACAUUGCAACUUCCAAAUAACUGAAAUUAAAAUAUCUGUUCCCUAAGAAGUCAGUGAAUGAAUAUUGUCAAGUGACUCUCAUCAUAAUGGAAUCUGCCUCCAAAUAAAGAACAUUCUUAACCUGAUGCCUCAAAGGUCUGAAGUCUUCUGUUAACACUUUGACCAGAUAAGAUAUUGCAGUAUGCUUACUUGGAGUUUAGCAGUCUUGUUUUACAUGUAUGGUUAAAAACUGCAGUCCUGGAAGAUGAAAGUUUUCAUCCUGAAGUUAGAGUAGCAAGCUAGUUGAGAAAUUGCCCAGUUUGUCUCACCUCAAUCAUAAGUUUGCUGGGAAGUCACUAUCUCUUGGCCUCAAUCUUUAUCUGCAGUAUGGGACUAAUACUAGGCUAUUUUACGUGGAUGUUGCAAGGAUUUCUGAGAUAAUGUAUCUGAAGUACUUUGAACACUCUAAAGUGUUUUAUACAUGUUCAGUAAUGCUGUUUCAUUAGUGCUGUAUGUUUCAUAAUGUAUUCAACAGCAUGCAUAAAACACUGUCUACCUAGAAAUCUACUUGCUACCCUUUGAUGUGGAGAAACUGUGUUGACAUGAAAAAUAGUUACUCUGCUGCAUAUUGCAAAACAUAUAUUGAAUCUGAUUGUUGCUUGGUGUGAGUGUGUUUCCUAUUACUUUCAGGGACAACUCCCUCUGACUUACCAGGGGCUCCAGCUAAUAUGUGGUGCAGUAACAAUGUGCAUUUCCCACGUCUUACUCUGUGAUUAACUAUUUCUUUGUGAAUACUGAUUUGUUUCUGAUGUACUCUUCGAUCCUGUUUCCGCAAAUAUAUAAACUGUUUUGCAGGGCAAAAGCCACCCCCAUUUGAGCCCUUCUUGUAUUUUCUAUUUUUUUUUUAAAAAAAGCCAGUAUCUAGACACUCUUUACAAAGCAAUACAUAAGAGGCAGGCACUAUUUUACGUAGUUCAAUAAGAAGCAUUAGUUGCUUACAGUGUUCUGACCAGUGAUUGCAAAGGCACUGUGGUGACUGAUAAGAAUUUAAGCAUUUGUUUUAAUGUUUAACUUGACUUGUGAUAGCCCCCAUCAGGUAUCCUUGGUGUCCUCCACCUCCUGCAGCAGCAUUUCUGGCUACAAGCCCAUUGUGUGUUUAAUCCCAUUCGAUCCUGACAGAUUAUUGGGACUUCUUGUGCUCAAAAGCUGGAUCUUUCAAAAGCAAUAAUAUUCUGAAGUCUGAAUAAUUAUGUAGUCCCUGUUGUCAUCAUUGGUAUGCUAGCAUCUUAGAAUCCUUUAAGUAUAACACAACAUUUUGUUGUCUGGAUCAUUUCUCUAUCUUCUGCGGUUGUGAAGUCACCCAAGGCCUAGGUCAUAAUGUAACCUUCAUAUGUGCUUUUAAAGAAUGAUAGUCUUCAGAAUGAAAGGAAGUAUAAAUUAAUUGUAACAUCCGAAGUUCUUGAUCCCAGAAGCUUAGUAUGUGCAGCUGUUGCAGCAAACAACAAAGAGUGCUUUGGCACUUUAAGGACUAAACUUAUUUAUUGAUGCUUGUGUAUUUAAGAGUAGUUUACAAAGAGUGUUUUGGCACUUUAAACUUACUUAUUGAUGCUUGUGUAUUUAAGAUUAGUUUGGGCAUCAAAUCUUCAGUAACCAUAGCUCCAAUAUACUGUCUAUAAAAUCAGAAGAAUACUUUAUUGUGGUUUGUUUCCUGUGAAAGGUUGAAGUUCAGAUGCAAAGUUGAAAUCAAUAAUUGAGGAAUAAUUGAUAUUGAUUUAUAUAUAUUAGUAACAUUGUAUUAAUGUAAUAUUUUAUUUUUAUAUGUAACUGUGUAUUUUUGUACUAUUUUGCAUCAGGAAAUUAAGAGGUGUUGACACUAUGUUAUUGAAGAGUUUUGAAAGCAAUAUCUAUCUAUCUAUCUAUCUAUAUCUGUACUUUUUGCCCAUUUGUUAAAAUGAGUCUAUAAUGCGAAUCUCACUCCACUGGAAAAAUUAAGUGCUAAUAAUUCUUUAUAUAACAUGCCAUUAUCAUGAAGUUCAAGAAGAGCUGUGAAGUGCUUAUGUGAUUUCUUAUACAAGAAGCAUUUUUUUUUUUAGAUUGUGGGAAAAAUGGUUCUGUUUAAUACACUAGUUUCCUUUGUUUGAAAAAUGGCUUUUAUUUAAUGCUGACUGUGUAAGGAAAGGUUGGUGGUUUGGAAUUAUCUGAAGCUGGGAGCCAUUGGGGUGUUUGUAUUGAAGAGGUUAUCAAGCACUGCUGUGCUGGUUUUUUUUUUUAUAGAAGCGGAAUAAUCUGUUUUUUAGGAUUGUUAGUACAGGGUGGAUGUGGGUAAGAAAAGAUAUGUAAGGUAGAUAAACGGUAUGCACUUACUCAAAGCUUUCCUCUUGCCUUCUUUCUUCACAUAGCACUUACAAGAAUGUAUGAUCAUCUCUUUAACACUUUCAAAGAAGAAGUAUACCAGUUGCAGUAAAAAUGAAACUAGAAUGGUAUCUUAAGCAAUAAGUGAAAAUUUGGGUCCAGAGAGAGGGUUGAUCAGAAGCCCAGCAAAACUGAUGUGGUCUUUCACAAACUGUGAAUGCUCUCCAGCUUAGACUGCCAUUUGGCAUAUCAUAAAACUUUCACACCAUGCAUCAUAAUUGAUACUUCAGACAUGCCAAGAUUCCUGCACUUCAUGUUUUUAAAGGAUUGUUUUUGUAAGUUACUCUACACAGAAGGAGAGAUGAUCCAUUGACAAUCAUAGCCUCUGGUUACAAAAUUCGUACAUCAGAACAGAUCACCUGCGUAUCAAAUAAUAUAAAAGAUGCUUUUGUUUGUUUAUUCAUGUAUCCCCUGUUUGUGGCAGCUUGGUAUACUUUGUUUCCCAACUGUUUAUCCCUUCAUAGUUGAAUGGAGAUUUGUUUUGGUUUUGAAAACUUUGAAACAUGGAUGGGAAGCCUAUGGCCCUCCAGAUAUUGUUGGAAUCCAUCCUAUAUCAGUCCUAGCUAGCAAGGCCGGUAGUCAGGGAUAAUGUAGGCCAACAGCAUCCCUAUCCCUGCUUUAGGAUAACUAUAGUAAUCUUUCUCUCAGUCUGCCCUCUGUCCAAACAUGGUAUCUGAUAGCAAUCUGGUUUCUGAUUGUGAGUGGGUUAUCCUGGCACUGUGAUUUAUUUAUUUUUCCAACUGCUGGACACACUUGAGAGAAUAAUUCAUUCUGAUACAAUCUUGUAUUUGUAUCUUGCUGAGCAAAGAGCACUGGCAGUGGUGGUACUUUGCAGAUGUAGUAGAGAGAUAGUAAGGACACCAAGGUAUUGUUUGCCAAUGCAAUGGACAGAACAUUGAACCUGAAUUAAAGGCAAUUUUGGAAGUUUCGGCCCAGUCACUGAGCUGCUUUGCACACUUAAUCUUAACUAUGGUUUAAAGGUGAAAGUGCAUUGUGCUGAUGCAUGGGACCAACAAACCUUGGUUAUUGUUUGUGAUUUGUUUGGAGCCAGGUUUAGUUGUAACUCUAAAACAAAUCAUAGCUUAGAUCUUGCUGGCAUGGCAGAGAAGAAGCAAAGCAGCUGUGAUUUAGCCCUGUUUACCAGCACAAAUCAUAGUUAACCUUAAUUGUGGCUUAAAGUGGCAGGCAAAUGAGGCCACUUUGUCUCAGCCUAAGGUUGUUAUAAGAAUUAAAUAAUAGCAUGCAUGCUGCCUUGAGUGUUUUGGAGGAACCAGUCGAGGGAUGCAGAUGUAGUUUAAAAACGUGUGCCCAUAUAAUAGGCAUUUCAAUGUGAAGAGAAGCAGAAUUAACUUAAAACUGGGUGAUCUGAGGGACCCUACUAGCCAUAUGUCUGCAAGAAAUUAUAUCCUGCAAAGAUAUAAUAGUGUAUUUAACACUUAUAAAGUGCAUAACAUGUUCUAAGCGCUGCACAAAUAUUAAAGGUAAGGCAGUUUGUAUACAUUCACAUUUAUACACUUUACAGCUGACUCUUUAGCCUACUUAUGUGUUUUCAUCUUCAUUGUCCAGAGAUGGCCACUGUACUGAUAUUGGAGAAACUUGAGAGCCCCCUUUCUAUUCCACUUCUUUUUUGUUAUCUUUUGAGGAGGCAGGUUUCUAUGCAUUGACUUGUACUGCCAUUUUAGUGUAUCCUUUCACGAUAAUUCUACUAGGAGAGCUCCAGUUUUUCUACUGACUUGGCUAAAGGAAGCUAUAAAUGGAAACCAACAACAAAAUAUUGCAAUGUUGCCUCAGAACCUAAAUUCUGGAAAAUUAUUGUAAAUAUGUUAGCACACUAUCAGGUUUGGAGUAAAUCAGCACUAAAAGUUACUUUGAGAAUAAAGCUGAGGAAAAGAGGUAUAGAUUAGUUACAGUAUGCAGCAGCAAAAGAUAAUCGUGAGAAAACCAUGGAAGAGUGGGAGGGAAGUGAACUUUUAAGUGAAUGUACACUGGAAAAUGUUUGAUCAAUUGUAUUUUAUUUGUGAAAAUUUAUAAAUAAAAAUAAAACCAACCUAAAUUCUAGGCCCCACCCAGCAUGGAACUGGAGCCUUGGAUUGCUGCUUGGGGCUCAUAGAAAACACCUCUUUUCUUUCACAUUAUUUUGUAUACCAGUGAUUCCCAACUGGUGGUCAGAAUUUUCAGAAGUAGGGGGCUUGGCUUUUGAAAAACAGGGGUUCCAUAGUACUUAGCUAUGGAAACCACUGGUAUAUACCAAGGGUUCAGAACUGGAACUAGCUGUCAGCCUGAACCAGUUUUAUUACUGCAGGGAGGUGGGGAUGAGGUGGAGUGUUCCUUAGGGAUAACGGUUUGCAGUUUUCUUCAACUUUAUGGCAUAAAUAUUCUUUCUCUCCCCUCCUCCUAAUACUUAUUUCCAGAUUACUAUAAACUGUUAAGGGCUCAACAGGUCACUUCCUGUCUCUUGCUUUCUUAAAUUAACACAUUCAAUAUUUCAUUGCUCAGCUGCCCAUAACCAUGGACUUCAGGGUUGUUCACAAUUCCACUUGUCCUGUGCCUAGAAAACAUGGGCCUGAGGGGUUUUCCACUUGCCCCAUGUUUUCUAGGCACGGGUCCAAGCGGUAUUUCAUUUAUCCCACCCAUUUCCCCAGGAAAACCCGCUGUUUACCACUGAAUCGGAACAAAUGUCAAUCCACAGAAAAACUGAUAGAGAUUGAUGUUUGUUCCAAUUUAGGGGUUUCUGAGAGAAAACGGGGGGUGGGCAGGGCGGACGGACGGACUAUGAAAUCCCAGGCAAACCAGGGGUUGGGGAUGACAUAGGCAGUCAGCUGUAGGCAGUCACCCAUCAGACUUCUGCAGCUAGUUGGCACAGCUGCAGCACUUCCUAGCCAUUGUGGAUCGGGCUCAGGGGAGUUGUAGCUUCUUAGUAGGUACUGUUCUGAGGAUUAGUUACAAUAACACCUCUUUGGCUGCUGCACAGCAGCUGAACCAUGCAGUCUGAACACAAGAUAUGCCUGGGGUUUGCCAGGGUAAAGAAUGCCAGGGAUUUAGAAUACAGUAGCCUACAGCACUGCAUGGCACAACAGAGUUCUGAAUUGGAUCCUUGUAUGGUAAUGGAGGAAAUCAGAACUUGUUAGUCUCAGAGGCGUGCUGUGACAAGAAACACCCUAAGGAGCUCCUUUUUUUUUUUUGGAAAUACAGAAAACAGUUGUAAGUUUAUGAUGAUCUCUAGCAGAUACUGUAAUACAAAGUUCUUUUGUAAGGAAGAUGUAGGUUAGAAGAAGUACAGUACUCCUUGUAGUAAUAAAGCUGGAGAAUAAUUAUGCAGAGCUCAUGAGUGCAAUACAAUAGAAACCAAAUUGGGUUAGCUUCCAGUGGUUUCAUGUAAAUGUUAAAAAGACUGGGGGCCUCUGUAACCAUGAGUCCUCGUGUUUGCUUCUUGUUACCUGCACCUUUCCCUUUUCUCCUCUGUGUUGGUCUCCCAACUGUGGAAAUUUAUAGACCAUAAGAUCUUCAAGGCAGGGAUCUGUACUUUGGUUAAGUUACUCUUAACCCAUGCACAGUGAUGAUGAUGCUGUAGUAGUAAUAAUUAUAACAGAACUCAGAUGAAUAAAAUUUCCAAAACAAGCAUAUGAACUAGCAGCUUUUCAGAUAAUCAUUUGCUGGCAUUAGUGGGGAUGGAUCUGGUUUUUUGUACCUCAUCCUGUGAGCCAUCACCUAUAGUCUCCAUUUCUUUCUAGUGUAAUGUAAAGGCUUAUUCCUCUUCAGAGCAGCCCUGCCCCAUUUCUGAGGAUCGAGGCCACUUAGCUUCAAUGAGCUUCAGUCUUCCUUGAUCCGCAGAAAUGGAACAGGGCUGCUAUUUCCAUCCUUUUUCUCCUGGUCAUUUCUGUGAAGUAGCAACAGCAGAGCUUUUUAAACAGCUGCAAGUGAAAGAGGGAAGCAUCAAGGAAGAGUUGAAUGUUGCCUCCAUAGUUGCCGUUGGGUAUAAAUGUUGGUAAACAAUUCCUGUGCUGCUUUCUGUGCACAUGGUCUUCAUAUAUGCAAAGAGAAGAGUAGGAACAUGUCAGGAGAAGAAAAGGCAGUAUUCAGUAUCAUAAUGCUUUCUCCCCCAAGGAAGGUGUGUGUCACUGAAAUUCUGAAGUUUUGUUAUAAAAGACCAAUACACAACUCUAUCUUGGUCAUUGUUUCAGAAUUCUCAGAAUCGGUAAAUUAACCUUCAUUAAGCCAGAUGUUCAUAUGUGUAGUUAUCUUGGAUUUUGUUACUAUUGAAUUUUAAUGAGAUUUCAUCAUAAUGUGUGAUAUUGAAACACAAUUUUUCCUUCACUUCAUUCACUAAAACUGUGUUGUGUUAAUGUGCACUAGCUUCAGUCUAUGUGGUCUCAUGUAGAUCUGAAGGUUUGAUCAAAUCAUCCAUCUACACAGUUUAUAGCAAUAAUUUCUAUGUAGUAGAGGUGGUAGACAUUUUUGUUUACCUGGGUUCCACCAUAACCAACAACCUUUCCAUUGAUGCUGAGCUGGACAAGUGUAUUGGCAAAACAUCUAUGGCAAUGGCUUGCCUCUCCAAAAGGAUAUGGGAGAAUGUGAUGCUAACGUCCAAUACCAAGAUGAGCACACUGCUUUGUGAUAGUGAGACAUGGGCAACUUGCACCUGCCAGGAACUUGGUCAUGCCCACACAAUGGAAGAUAACAGGACCCCCAAGGACAUGCUCUGUGGGGAGCCUGGCUUCAGGCACUAGGCCUGUUGGCAGACUAAUUCUGGUUUGCAUAGAUGUCUGCGAACCUGAAGGCUGGCAACAUUAACCCUGCCAUGUGGAAAACCCUUGCAGACAACCACAGUGCCUAGAGACGGACAAUCAGGUUGUGUAUCCACAGCAGUUACCAGAGGAGGAAUGACCACCGGGAAGAGCACAGAAAGAAGAAACGCUUUGGUACAUCUGUAGUAGCACAAUUGGAUGCAUUAAUCUGACUCAGCUGUAACAAAACAUCUCUCUAAUAUUGGUCAAACUUCCAGCAGUUUGGCUUCACCCCCAAGUGUGCACUCCUCCAUUGUCUCUUGAGGCAGAUGGAUUUCAACAACAAUAUGUAGUUAAGCAGCACUGAUGGGGAAAUGAUGCAUUUGAAAUUGCGAAUGUUACAGGUGCCCAUUGUGGUUUUAGUACUUCAUAAUCUUUAUUUCUGUUGGCUUAUAACACCUUGCUUUCAGGAUUUGCACUGACUGCCAGUUUGCUACUGGGCGAAAUUCAAAGUGUUAUUAAAAAGGUAAAGGUAAAGGACUCCUGACAGUUAAGUCCAGUUGCAGCGCUCAUCUCGCUUUACAGGCCGAGGGAGCCGGUGUUUGUCCACAGACAGUUUUUCCGGGUCAUGUGGCCAGCAUGGCGAAACCAGAGCAGCGCAUGGAAACACCGUUUACCUUCCCACCGAAUCAGUACCUAAUUAUCUACUUGCACUUUCUGGUGUGCUUUCGAACUGCUAGGCUGGCAGGAGCUGGGACUGAGCAACGGGACCUCACUCCGUUGCGGGGAUUCGAACUGCCGAGCCCAAGAGGCUCAGUGGUUUAGACCACAGCGCUACCCGCAUCCCCAAAAAGUUAUUACUGACAUAUAAAUCUCUAUGAAGCUUAGGACCAAGUUAUAAGAGACUGCCUUACCCUUUAUACACCCAGUAGAUUGCUGCAGUCUGUGGGAGAGUUUCUGAUGCAAGUUACAAAGAUCUCAGAAGCCCACUCUGUGGAAAAGCAUUCGUGUUGAGAUGUGACAGGUGCCCAUUAUCUGCACUUUUUGGAAACAAUUUAAUAUACUUUUGAUCUGACAGAUUUUCCCCAGCUGGAUAAUGAGUCUUCACCUGCUUCAUGCAUGCACCUUCCUUGGUGCUUUUCUCCACAUAAUUGCUCUUGGCUAUUCUCUUGUGCAUAUGAUCGUAUGGAGAAACACAACAUCUGAAUAAGCAAGCAGUGGUGGGGGCGCCAUAAGGUACUGCCACAAUCAUUUAAAUUGCUUGCUGAAGGGAUUGAUGCACAUCUCAUAUUGCAUUUUAUACCCAGGGGUGUUUGGAAAUGGCCAGGAAGAGAAAAUCUUUAUCUGAACUGGCCCAAGAGGUGGCUUAUGUGAUCUAUUAGUGGAAGGGAUGCUGACAUUAACUUCUGAUACAGAUUUAUAUAUAAACCCUAUUGCAAUUAUAUUAAUGUCACUGCCCAGCAAUAGGUCUAUGUAUGCAUUUGUUUGUUCAAGAGAUUUAUAACCUACCCUUCCAGUACAUUUGCAUUCCUCAGAGCAGCUUGUCAGAGUAAUGAAAUGUGAAAAUAUAUUUGUUCACUUUUAUUGAGAGUCAUCCAGCAAGCACAUUCACAGAUCACAAUACACAGAUCUCAUUCUUCACUAAACAUGCACUGUUGCAUCUUGCCUUAGCUAGUAGUAAAGAAGGUUGCUUUUCUUUUAGUCCAAAAUGUGGAUUCUUUUUAUUGUGAGCCUUCCCAAGACUAGAGAUUAUGUGGUUGCAGGAGGUUUGUGUGUGGGAAGCAUGCAGGGAAACCAAACUAGAAAUUAAGGCAUACUCCUCACAAGCAGCAGUAGUCUGCUUUCUAAGAAAACUUGGGGUUCCUUUUCAGUGUGUUUAAAACUGUUAGCAAUAGACAUUUCUUGGAGAAUAAUGUUUUGAUGCAACUUGCAUGAGGCUGGAUAUGAUCAUUGUGAUCCUAGGAAAAAACUAUGAUGAUUAGAAUCUGAGGCAAACACACCGAAUUGUUCUGGUCAUUAUUACAAUAGAAACACUAUAUUUUCUUCUGAACUGCAACUUGCGCUGUUUAUAUCUCUUGAUAAAUUCAAGAAGCUUGUGUACAAAUCAAUGUGAUUUACUAGGAAAUCCAUAAAUAGGUAAAGGGACCCCUGACCAUUAGGUCCAGUCGUGACCGACUCUGGUGUUGCGGCGCUCAUCUUGCUUUAUUGGCCGAGGGAGCCGGCGUACAGCUUCCGGGUCAUGUGGCCAGCAUGACUAAGCCGCUUCUGGCGAACCAGAGCAGCACACAGAAACGCCAUUUACCUUCCCGCCGGAGCGGUACCUAUUUAUCUACUUGCACUUUGAUGCGCUUUUGAACUGCUAGGUUGGCAGGAGCAGGGACCGAGCAACAGGAGUUCACUCCUUCGCAGGGAUUCGAACCGCCAACCUUCUGAUCGGCAAGUCCUAGGCUCUGUGGUUUAACCCACUGCGCCACCCGCGUCCCUGAUAGGAAAUCCAUAGAUACCUUUAAAUAACUGGAUCUUUCACAUAUUCAUAUAGUGGAUGGUUGGUUCCAUAAUUCAAGGGAAAAUUUGAAGAAAAAUAGGACUGUAAGUCUUCAUAACAUUUAAUCUAUUUUUCCUUGUCCCCCCCCCGCCCCCCCACCCACUGCUUAAUGUAACAAGUUUCCUGAUUAAGAGUUCUGAAAAACUUUAAAGUUUGCCACAAUUUUGUUACAUUUUGGGUUGGUUCCAGUUAUUUGCUCAACUCUGGAUUUGGAAGUAUUUUUCUUACAGGCCAGCAUUACUAUCUUUGGUUUUCAUAAAUUGAAAAAGUAUUUGCAGUUAAGGUUGUAUAGCUUUGUCCUCCAAUUUGGGGUGUCCAUUUUAAAUAAAUCCUUAGUUCUCAAGCUAUGGGGCAGCUCUUCCGCCUUUGGGGGGGGCACCUGGUAGAGGGCUCAGAAUUCUAGAAAAUGACAAGCAAUAGAUGCCUUUUUCAACCCCUCUUUCUUUCUUUCUUAAUCCUUAUAUUAUUUACAUUCAUUUCUCUCCUUUCCCUCCAGUAUUGUUCAAGGCUACUAACAAUAAUAAUCCUACUACAUUUUUUGAAAAGAAUAUGUAGAAUAUAGCAAUCGGGUUUACACCUGGUACAAAAUGCAAUUGUAGCAGUACAAACAGACCUCAGAUGUGGAUCAUUAUGUGUGCACAAUUGGAAUAAUGGGUGUGGCAGAAAGCAUUUCCCUGACAGUAGUUGUGAGAAACAAGGUAUUGGUGGAGUAAAUUAGAUAUUAUUCCCUGAGGUUGGUUCUUAGUCUUCCAGGUCUAAUGCUUUUCUUCUAAUUGUCAAGACGAGCAGCAGUUAAUUGAUCUUGUGUAUCCCCUCAUUAAAGGCUCAGCUCUUCUAGACAGCAGCACCUGCCACACAGUGGUGGAAAGCUAAUGCACAGCAUCUUCAGUUAUUUAUGGAAAUAGUCAUAUCUCAGUAGGAAUGUUGUUCCAUGAAACAGGAGCAUCCACACUGAAACCCCAGUUGCUGUGAACAGGCGUCUGAUAUUUUAGGGGCUUAGAGGAAAAACUCUCCUUCAGAACGCAGUGGCCUACCAGGUAUAUAAGGGAUGAGGUGGUCUCUCAAGUAUAUAUUCAUACUAAAACCUUGAACUUGGCCCAGCAGCAGAUUGCCAGUCAGUGUAAAUCCUGCAGACAAUUUGCAGAAUGUGUUGGUGAUACUUUGCUCCCACAAGCAACCUAUCUCUGAAUUCUGUACUAGCAGAAGCCUCUGGAUCAAUCUCAAGGGUAGCCACACACAGAGUGCACUGCAAUAAUGUAUGCACUCCAAUUUUCCACAAUAUUUUGCAAAUAUGCUGAAUGGAAACUUGCAUGCUGACCUGGCAGAGGACCCUUGUUCAUCCGCACUGUGUUCCUGAGGUGUAGCAGCUGCACCCUCACUCUCCCAUCUGCUAGAGAUUUGAGAACGGGGUUCGGAUAGAAUUGCUGCUUUUGGGAAAGGAGAUCAGAGAUGUCCCGCUCAUUUUCUGUUUUAGUGCUGGCAUUGGGAUAAGUUCUUCUGCCUGUAGCUACUAACCUUUAUCCUUUACCUUUAGUAGUGGUAGUAACUGCAUACCACUGCAUGCGAAGAUCACUGCAGAUUCACAGACUAUUUGUGCUGGGUUAGAGGCCCCAGAAGGGUAAAAUAGAUUUUUAAAAGGGGCCUGAGUUCAAAAAAAUGUGAAGAACACUGGGCGGGGGAGCAUUGCAGGAUUUUUUGGCACAUGUUCACAUUUAUAAAUUGAUCCCUGCUGUUUGGAAUGCAUGAGUUAAAAGAAGGCAAGCAAAAGGAGAGCCUGAUACUGUGGCAAGCUGUAGCAGUCCUUGGGGAAUUGCCCUUUGCCCUUCUAAGUCCAUAGUUGCCUUGCAAGUUCUGAAGAUAGUUGUAGCCGGGAUGACGGUCAUCUUUGGGGACGUAGCCCUUUUGAAAAACAACUCUAAAAGAGCAAGAAUACUGUAGUUGUAAGAAGUUUUCUUCCACCUACCCAUGGAGGUUUACUCACAUUUCGUAACUCUUAAGCUUAGGCAGGAGAUCAUUUGAAGGCUAAUAUGUAACUAGGCAAUUAAUACCAUGUAUUUGGAAAUAAUAAUAAAAACCUGGAUAAUUUGAAUGAGCAGGUAGGAAUUGGGGAAAUCAGGCAGCUUCCUAUGAAUUUAAGGUGUGGCAUUUUUAAAGUUUUUUUUUAAAAAGAACUUUGCCCAGUUUGGGGCCGUGUGUGUGUGUGUGUGUGUAAAUUUUACAGAGAACCAAGUAUUGCAUGCCCUCCUGUUUUUAUAAAAAAUGCAUGUUCUUUAAUUGUGAUAGGCAAAUUGCUAUCUCUCAUUGCUUUUAGUAAAUAGCUUGUUUUGCUUAUUUGUAUUUCAUGAUUACAGUUUUACUUGUGCUGCUAGCUGCUCCGAGACUAAGUAGAAAACAGGCUAGAUACACAGUAAUAGUUAUUUACCAUUAUUGCCACCCUGCUACAAGUUCCCUUCCUUGCUUCAUUGGUUGAUAUUUGCAGGGUGGGGAUCCCUGUAGUGCAGCACCAGUGUAGCCUGGCCCUGGGAAUUGCCCUUAACUCAUUUUCUAUGGUUUUUCUCAGUUGGCCACCUGGUGCUUGCAGAGACUCUUUCCCCUACUUGUUCUCUGUUGGAGGGCUUAAACUAGCCAUCUCCUGUUUUGCUGUAAGGUACUCUACUGAAGGAAGUUUGGAUUACUCCAGAGUAAAUGAUUAAUUGCAUCAUAAAUGGAGAUGUGAAGGCCCCCCCCCAAUGGGGGGCUCCAGUUUUUCUCAGGCCUUCACAUUUCUAAGCAUAAAUGUUCCAUUCUAAAGUGAAAAUAAUCUCAGUGAAUAUAGACAGUUUAGCUUUGCUUAUUGCCAAAGCAUUGGGGUAGUGCCAUUUCACUGUACAAUUCUUUCCAGCCUGUGCAAAUGCUUCCCACAUCUGACCCUCCCCUUGCCUGCUGUGUGUUGUCAGGUCUCCAGAGAAACUAUAAAGCUUUUAUCCUUGCUUUGAAAUGUUGGAAGGGGCAAACCUCUUUUGCACUGGCUCUUUGCCAGAUGUAUUGGUCUUAGAUUCCUGCUUUGGUUUAGAUGGCUUCUUCUAAUAGAAAUGUAAUAAAUAAUAAUACAGUGGUACCUGGGUUUUCAAAUGUAAUCCGUUCCAGAAGACUGUUCAAGUUCUGAAAUGUUCAAAAACCGAAAACUCAAAACGGAAGCCUCAGUAUGGAAAACUCAAUACGGAAGCCGCGUGGCAUGUUCAAUUUCCAAGGCUUGUCCGAAAACCAAACCAUUUACUUCUGGGUUUACGGUGUUUGAAAACCGAAAUGUUCAUCAAUGGAGACGUUCAAAAACCAAGGUACCACUGUAAUGUGGGGAGUUACUAUUUUUGUUUGUUGCAAUGUUGUGUAUUUUUGUAUUUUUAUAUUGUAAACUACCCUGUAGAAUGGGAGUGGGUGGCGCUGUGGUCUAAAUCACCGAGGCUCUUGGGCUCGCUGAUUGGAAGGUCGGUGGUUCGAAUCCACGCGAUGGGGUGUGCGCCCAUUCCUCUGUCCCAGCUUCUGCCAACCUAGCAGUUCGAAAGCACACCAGUGCAAGUACAUUGGUACUUCUGGUUACGAUCUUAAUUCAUUCCGGAGGUCCGUUCCUAACCUGAGGUACCACUUUAGUUAAUGCGGCCUACCACUGCCGCUGUGCCACCAGCACACGAUUUCUGUUCUCAUCCUGGGGCAAAGUUCUGAACCCAAGGUACUACUUCCGGGUUAGCAGAGUCUGUAACCCCAAGUGUUUGUAACCUGAGAUAACCCAAGGUACCACUGUAGAUAAAUAGGUAUCGCUGUGGAGGGAAGGUAAACAGCGUUUCUGUGCACUCUGGCUUCUGUCACGGUGCUUUGUUGCACCAGAAGCAGUUUAGUCACGCUGGGCACAUGACCCAGAAAGCUGUCCGUGAACAAACAGCUGAUCCCUCAGCCUGAAGCAAAAUGAGCACUGUACCCCAUAGUUACCUUUGACUGGACUUAACCGUCCAGGGGUCAUUUACCAUUUUCCUAAAAUACCCUGUGAUCUUCUGAUGAAUGAUAGUAUAGAAAUUUAAUAAUAAUAAUAAUAAUAAUAAUAAUAAUAAUAAUAAUUAAUAAUAAUUGCCUAUAGUCAAUGCUCACAUCUCUUAUUCCUCCUCUUGGGAAGAGAGAACACUUAUUUAUUUCAAGAUAAUACACUUUAUUUUUCUUUAUUGAGUUGGUAGCACACUCUUUUCAGCACCUGCUUGCAUGCUGUGGCUCUGUGAGACUAUUUUUAACCAAAGGUUGGGUGUCAGAAAGGCACAGAGCUUAAUUUAGAGACUGGUUUUGGAAAGCUUGAAGUAUUGUCUUUACCAGUGCAAAGAAUUAAUGAAAAAGAGAAAAGAGAGCAACUUGAUACUGAAAGAUAUGCAAAAGGAAAGCAGCAUUUGGGAUUUGUUUAAGGCUGUUUCUCUCCCCCCCCCCCCCCCGUACCCCUGGAGUGCAUAGUUAUUGUUAAAGAAGAAAUGGCAGAAACCUGGAGAAGGUGAGGUUAGGGAAUGAGGAAAGAAUGGUCUGGCAACCAGAUUGCUUGUAGGCCAGAUUCCUAAUGAGAGGCUUCAUAAGUGUAUUUCCCAUUUACGUAUAACACCUGCAAAAUACUUAAGGCACUAAAUAAAAACAUUUGCCCUGCUGUUUUUGUCACAUUUCUCCAUAUUUGUUUUAAGUAAAUUAUCUUGUUUUCUUAUAUUUUAGAUCUUAUUCAGUGCACAAAUGAGAUGAAUGUGAAUAUUCCACAGCUGGCAGACACACUUUUUGAGAGGACAGCAAACAGUAGCUGGGUAGUAGUGUUCAAAGCUCUAAUUACAACACACCACCUCAUGAUGUAUGGAAAUGAGGUAAGACAGUAGUCAAUUUGCCAUAGAACAUUGUGUUUAAUGGUAGGAAAACAUUCAGAUGAGAAGUGCUGGUGAUCUCUGAAAUGAUGGUGAGAGAGAACAAUUAAAAAAUACCAAUCUGAAUUGUCUAUCCUGUUGCCUCACCUAUUAGUAAGCAAGUAAUGAAAGCCUGAGCUUAGCAAUACCCCCCCUGCCGCCACCUUUAAAAUUCUCAAAUUACUAAAUUAGUGACUGUAUUAAAUGAAUGAAUUGUCAGCAUUGCACUGCUGGUAUAGCUUUUCAUUUCUGUAGGAAAAAUUUAUACAUAUACUCAAAGGUGCAGGAACUCUGUUCUGUAUCUAGCAGUUGUGGAAACUAUGUGUCAGGUUGCAUUUGGCUAGAUUAGAAAUAUUCCUACAGAAGUCUGAAUCGGAAAUGAAUUUAAUACACAUCUCAUUAUAACACAUAUAUACCUACACAUGUUGGGGUGAAUUUGAACAAUAAGCUUUUCUACAACCAUCUCACUCUUCACAGAAUUGUAUAGGAACUGUUUUUGGAGAAUUUUUUCAUUCAUUACUUAGCCCUUGAAAUUCUAUUCAUGGUGGAAUCAGGAGCAGGCCUUGGUCUCAUUUGCUCCAAUCAACUCCCCUAAAUUUCUUCUCGCAAUAAAAAAAGUGCUUGAGUAGAUCCCACUUCAAUUUGAAAAACUGAAUUUCCUUGAAAUUACAGGGUAUAACUUGCUUUCUAGUGGAUUCAGUCUCAUGGGAUUGGGGAGAUGCAGCAAUCAAAUAAGCACAGACCUCCCAAGUAUGGUUGAUAACUCCUGUCAGUGGUAAGAGGGAGCAGGGUGCAUUCUCUAUCUCACGGCUGGAACAAUCCCAAGGGACAAUGAGUGAAUGAGUGAAUAGUUCCUUAGUCAUGUCAUCUUGCUGUAAAUGUGAUGAGCAUUGAAGGGGUUGGCAAUAGGGGAGGAGGAGAAUGUAUUUGUCUGUAGUUUAUACUAGCUUCAUUUCCUUAUUCCAUGUAGUUGGAGAGUUUGCAUGUGUGUCGCUAAAGAAUAGCCUCAGAACCAUGUUUGUAUCUUUUCAUAACCCUGCUGUGAUGUGGGCCACACAUAAAUGAAUUUUAUGCAAAGGUGUAAUGUGUAACAAGUUCUGCUGCCGUUAUCCUUUCUUCACAUCAGAGUUUGCACAACAUGGUGGCUGUCAGUUGUGUUACACAUUGGCCCUUGUUGCAUAACUCAGUUCCAAUUCUGGCUCUCCCGAGCAGUGAUUGAAAAAAUGAGGCUUGAUAGUAGAUCUAAUUUGCUUGUCUUAGUAUUAGAUUCCCCUCCUGCUUUUAGAUAUGCCUUAUACAGCUGCGUAGAAACUAGUUUCUCUAACACAGUUAUGUCUAUGGGGAAAAAAUAAAUGAAGUAAUCUGGAAUCUAAUUCUUUCUCAAACAGCGUUUUAUCCAGUACUUGGCAUCUCGAAAUACCCUGUUUAAUCUCAACAACUAUCUGGAUAAAAGUGCCAUGCAGGGUAAGAAUUUUUUACUUUUCUAUUCUGAGGCAGAUUGCAAUUUGCACAGUAACUUCUAUGGGCUAAAGGAAUGUUAGAAAUUCAGUCAUCUUAAAUAAACCCAUGAAUGUAUCCAAACUGUAUUGGAGAGGCAUGCUCUUUUAUUUAUUGAAGUUUGCAUCCAGGUGUAUUCUGCAGUUUCAUUCAUUGGCUCUAGUAGACCAGUAGUCCAGUCCAGGAUUUGUAAGUAUGGAAGUCCCACUGACUUUAGUAAACUUCACAACAAAGUAAGUAUCUAGGAGUGUAGCCUUAGAAUAUUUGUGAUAUGUUUUGUAUUGGGAAACAAAUAAAUCAAAUUAAUAUGAGCAUUUAUGCUAGCUAUAAUUGCAUAAAAUUUCAUCAUGAACCUGACAUUCACCUCAGAAUUACCGUAUUUUUCGCACCAUAGGACGCACCGGACAAUAGGGCGCACCUUGUUUUAGAGGGGGGAGAACAAGAAAAAAAAUUCUCCCCCUCUCUGCCCAGCGCCCCUUCAGCGAAGCGGCAGGAGGUGCUGCGCAGAGAGGGGGAGAAUUUUCCCCCUCUUGUUUUCCCGCUCUAAAACAAGGUGCUGUUUAAGGUGCGUUCAGGCGGCUACCUUGGAAGCCUGUGCACCGACCCCUCUCGCUCUCCAGGCUUCAGGUUCCUUUCGACCUGCUCUUUGGGGCUGGCGGGGGAAGCCCACCAUCAGCCCCAAAGAGCAGGUCAGGGAGCAGCGGAAAGGCACAGCGGAGAGGCUGCUGCCAUAGCCGCGCAUCACCUCUCCAACCGGGAGAGGGUCGCGGGGGCUUCUUGCCCCACGCGCGCUCUCCCGGCUGGAGAGGUGACGCGUGGCUAAAGAGGCUCCUGCCAUAGCCGCGCGUCACCUCUCCAGCCGGGAGAGGGUCGUGGGGCUAUGGCUUCUUUUGCCCCGCGCGCGCUCUCCCAGCUGGAGAGGUGACGCGUGGCUAUAGAGGCUCCUUCCAUAGCCACGCGUCACCUCUCCAGCCGGGCGAGGGUCGCGGGGCUAUGGCGUCUUCGCUCCAUAGGACGCACACACAUUUCCCCUUCAUUUUUGAAGGGGAAAAAGUGCGUCCUAUAGAGGGAAAAAUACGGUAUAUCUGCUUAGGAAUAAGAUGCAUAUUUCUGACUGGCUCUCUGUACAUUGUCAUGGUUACUUAGUAGAGUUCUAAAUAUUCAAAACCUGAGAAAUAACACACUGCAGAAUUUGUGUUGUUUGUUGUUUGACUCCGAGGUUACUUAUGGGGGAUUCUGUAAUCCUUAUGAUACAUAGAAUUGCCCACUCCUGGAUCAUGUCAUCUCUGGUGACUUGUUUGUCCCAGGGGCAGAACACCCACUGGGAUAUAGCAACCUGGUUUAGACAGUUGUUUGAGGCUUCAUAAACCAUGGCUUAUGAUCUCAACUUGGUUUUCAAACCAACGUGUGCCGGCCAGAAUUCCCUAGUUUGAAUGUAAUGGGACUUGAUGCAAGCCCAGCAGAUCCUUUGCAUCUUGGCCCUGGCAGCCACUUCUGGCACCAUACCCAUGAAUUUUGAAGCCUCUAAACUGAAUCAGAACAGUAUGUGAUUUAUGUGUCUCUGGAAGAGAGAACAAAUCGAAAAUAAUGGUUACCCCCAGAUGCUAGAUAACCUUCCCCCUGGUUCUCUUACAUGAAUUAUGUUUCUUUUUGAUAGAUGUUCAUUCUAUUUUGAAGAGAUAAGUGUAGACUUUAACAUGUAUAUAAUUUUGAUUUCCUUUUAAACCAGUUUGUUGUUGUUGUUUCAAUUAUAGUGUACCUCAGAAAUAAAGAAUCUAAAUUUAAAAAAUAAUUUUUAUCAACCAUGGUAAAAUGGCUUUCUGAUGGUGGAAAUUAUUAAAAUAUUAGUUUAUUGGUGAAAUACAAAAAUUUUAUAAAAUCUUGUGUGAACCACAUAAACUUGUGUUAACCACACAUAAACUUAUUUUUCAAUUAAGACUGUUAGAGAGUCUCACUGGUUCAGAAAGUGUUGGUUUUUAUUAAUUUCAUGAGGCAACAUUCAGAGAAACUAUACCAACUUAUCAGUGCUGGAAGCAUGAUCACUAUACUACUAGUUUCAAAUGUGUGUAAUAAUGGCAAAUGUGUGAAGAAGGUCCCCAAGGAACUUUUGGAGCAUAAUUCACACUGAGUAAAAAGUGAUAAGAGUACUAGAAGAAUGAAAAGUCUAAUUGAAUAGCAUUUCAUUUCCAGGCUAUGAUAUGUCUACCUUCAUCAGACGAUACAGCAGAUACUUGAAUGAAAAAGCACUUUCUUACAGACUUGUAGCAGUUGAUUUCACCAAAAUGAAAAGAGGGUAAGAAUUCCAUUUAUUUUUAUGCUCUUCUAGUGACUGGAUGGGCAUCAAAGUGUUUGAGAAAACAGAAUUGUCAAAACAGAGUUUGGAAAUUUGUGCAAAAAAAACAUGCUCUGAUGUGAAAUUUGAAGUAUGCAGUGAUAGAAAAAUGCAACUUUUGGAGCAUUGAAUCUGACAGCACAUAAAAUGUUCAGUGGCACUGUUGCAACAGCUUGCAUAAACUUUUAGGUAUAAGUUUGAACCUUUUGGGAGAUCAGAAUAUUCUUUAAAGUAUUUUAUAUGUAAUAAUUUAAUGCAGAACUUUGGAAAAUACUAUUCUACGUAUUUUAUUCAAAAGUCCCACUGAUUUCAAUGGGCAGCAGUAGAGUCUUCUUUGUUUGAUAUAAUCUGUAGUGCUGACAUCGGAUACCAUAAUAGUGUGUUCAACGAUUGUAUCUGUUUGGUUUAUUUUCUAUUUUAUUUUGAAGGAUUGAUGGUGUGAUGAGAACAAUGAAUACUGAAAAACUUCUGAAAACACUCCCAAUUAUUCAGAAUCAACUAGAUGCACUUCUCGAUUUUGAUGUAAGCACUGUAGCUGUUAUUUAUUACUACAAUUCAUGAUAAGCUUUAUGGAGGGUGAAAUAUGUGUUGUGAUUUCACUUUCUGGUAAUUUGACUUAAAAAAUCUCUUUGCUUUUUACGCAGGCAAACCCAAAUGAACUAACAAAUGGUGUAAUAAAUGCUGCUUUCAUGCUCCUCUUUAAAGAUUCCAUUAGACUUUUUGCAGCCUAUAAUGAGGGGAUCAUUAACUUGUUAGGUAUGUGAAACAACACACAACAAUUGUUUAAACAUUUACCAGUGGAGACCUGUAUAAAUAUGCAGAUGUGGUUUUGUUUGUAAUAUCUUCCAUGUUCAUUUCUCCCUUCACUCCCUUGUGUUCUUUCCCAUGUGUUUCUCUCUCCCUUCUCUCCCUCUUUCCUUCCCCCCUCAUUGAACUUGCACAUAAUAAUCCUAAAUUUUGCUGAUUCACACAUCAUAGUAAGCCAAGUCUCCUCGUUUGUUUCUCCUGGCUCCAGGCAGGGCAGAGUGAAGUGGGAGCAGUUGAGCAAUGUUGCUCAUUUGCAACAAUCCACGGUUAAUUUCUUGCUUUGGCUUACCAAGACAUGCAAGCCAGCCCAUUCACUAUUUUUAUACUUACACCAUGUUCAAAUAGUUUCUCUUAAACAUGUGCACAUAGCUAACUGAUGAGCAACACCUUAAUAGUCCUGCCUAUUAUCUCUUCUGUUGCACUCCUUCUUAUAACAGUACACAUAAUUCUAGUGUGCCAGAAAUUUAUUUUAUUUUUAAACUACUAGGCAGCUGAAGUGUUCAUAGACAUAGCUUAACACUUCAGUCUAACUUCAGGCUAAGCCAAUGUCUAGGGAAGACUCAUUUCACCCUGUAGAAUUCAAUAGCUGGUCUCUAUUGUAUUUUCUUUUGUUGUGUUUAUCUGAUUUUAAAGGGUAGUGGUGGCUGGAGCAACUUGGCAAAAACACUUAAAGCUUUUGUGUGUGUGUGCUCUCAUUUUAUGCUCCAGUGAUGGCCAUGGUAAUAUGUAAAAGUUCUUGGGUGUGAUGACAGCAAGAGUGCAUGCUUAUGCUCAGAAAGUGCUUUAUAUAUGUUUUUUAUUAUUUUCAGUGUAGUUAAGGCUUUGAUUGAUGUUCUGAUUGUUUGGAAGAUAUGGAAGCUUGUUUGUCAGUGUUUGAAUAUGAUUGGCUUACUAAUUAGGUUCCUACAGUAUUCUAAAUUCAAACAAAUUUAAUGUGUGUGCAGUAAACCAGAAGAUUGUAGGCCUCUUCUGAGACUCACACUAGCAAUAUAUUUUGAUCAGUGUAUUCAUCCUCAGCUGCAGAUAUAUCUUUUCAGCUGACCUUCAGUUCUUCUUCAGGCUUUGCAAUCCCUGCUUCUGUCAGUGAAGUUCCUGUGAAGGGCACUUGUUGAAUAAACUUAACUGUUAUUGGUGGAUUCAUUUUAUGGUCUUGGCUAAAACUGCUGUUAAAUAAAGUUGAAAUCAGUUAGUGACAUCUUCAAAUAGUAAAGCAUCAAACCUAGCCUUUUUAAGUCUAACAUACCACCUUAUUAAUAAUAAUAUUAUGUUACUGUUCUUUUAUUUACACACAAUUUUUUCUUUGAAUUUCAUGCUUCAGAAAAAUAUUUUGAUAUGAAGAAGAACCAGUGCAAAGAAGGUCUGGAUAUUUACAAAAAAUUCUUAGCCAGAAUGACCAAAUUGUCAGAAUUCCUCAAAGUGGCAGAGGUAAAUAAAUCCAGUAGCAUUAGUAGUAUUUCAUUUAGCUCUCUGGACUGGUACAGUAAUAAGUGCUUAUGAUCACAAUUUCAUGCAAGUUUUGUAUGUUGCUGAAUGUAAACAUCACUUAAACUAUGUACAUUUAAGGGUAUAUUUUGAAAGCUCUGUUUCUGUUCAUUUUUAUCAACUAAGAAAUGCCUGCUGAACAAAGGUUGUGGUUUUUUAAAAACUAUCUAUUGAGUAUUUUUUUCUCUCCAAAGUUCUGACAAGCUAUUUAUUACUAUUUCUGGUAACUGAAAUACAUAAAAUCUUAAGAAAUACCUUUCAGGAUCUCCAUAUGAAAUUUAGCUUAGAAGUUGCAUUUAAAGUUGUACCAGUUCAGAAAGCUCUCCAUGUCCUCCCUGUUCCCUUAGCUUUUAUGUAGACAUUCAGAUCCACAGUUCUUUCUUUUCAUUGCCACUGCAUGUAGUAAUGUACAUUUUUUUCCCUUUUUUGUGAACCCAGCAAGUUGGAAUUGAUCAGGGUGACAUUCCAGAUCUUACUCAGGUCAGUGUACAUUUCAUAUUAAUUUAACCCCCAAGUCCUGUGUCCUUUUGUGAUUUUAAUAGUUAGUGUUCCAUUCUAUACAUUCUGAGAAUUCAUUUUCUUCCAUAUAUACUAUAUAUGGAAAUACAUUCCAUUUUUCCUGUAACCUGUUUUGCUUCAUAUAGGUAAUGUGCUCAGUAACAAGUAAUGCUUUUGUUUUUCCUGUGCUGUUUUGGAGAAUAUUAUUACUAGAAAUUUUGAGGAUUUAUUUAUAAACAACAACACCGCCCUUAAAACACAUGGGGUAGGAUACCUAAACCUAGUGCUUUGUUUUAAUCAGCAAUUUCCACAAACUGAGCAAGUGGGGCAGUACAACUACUUCACUUGCUGAACAGCUUUCCCCUCCCCUUGCUCAGGAGGGGACCAUAGCACAACGGAAGAGGAUAUGCUUGGCUCAAUAUCCUUUUUAAAAAAAUCAAAAAUCAGUAAAAUCUCUCUGCCUGGGAACCUGGAGAGCCUGUGCUCAUCAGAGUAGACAAUAUUGGGCAACAUAGUCAAACAGUCUGACCUGGUAUAAAGCAGCUUCCAAUGUUCCUGUGUGUUUCAGAGAUUUUUUUAAAAAAUGUAAUUGAAAGCCAGGGAGGGAGCUGGAUGCUCAAAUAAAAAGUAGAAAAUGGAGGCCUCUAAAGUUGUAUUUUGGGUGCUGACAUAGCUAUAAACUCCUGGUUAUGGAAACGAUAUAGUUUCUUCUAUGAGGUUUGCUGGUGCUCAUACACCAGGCAUAUUAUUCAGAAGUUGCAGCCACAGCUCCAAAGACUUGAUGAGGCCUAUAGCUCAGUGGCAGAGCAAACUUUAUCUGAAAAUGGCCCAAGAUUCAAUCUCCAGGAUCUCUAGUUAUAGGAUACAGUUAGCAAAGUUAGGCAAGAAUUUAACUUAAAGAGGUUAGAGAGCUAAACACUGGGCUAAACAAAACAACAGUCUGAUUCAAUGUAAAAUAGCCCCACGUGUUCACACAAUGGGGGGUGUACAGAAUUAAUUCCUGUAGGACAGCUCUACAAAGUGAAAAAUUCUUGCUAGCCAGCUCAGAAUCUGAUACAGUACUUCACAUGCUGUUGAUGUUACAACACUGCAUCAAGUGGUUCCGUAGAUCCCUCUUAAUCUUCGUGGAUCUUUCCAUUUGCUGGCACCAUGCUAUGCUCUUCUAUUUCUUUUCUUGUCCCAAAUAGGCAUUGCCUUUUGUACCUACUUGCGCAUGUCACCCCUCUGUCCCCUUAUUUUUAUUGUUGCCUCUACAGUUGCUUAAAUCCUGUCUGUUUCUGUCUUACCAAUCCAAUGAGACAGCCCCCACAAUGUGUCAGUUGCUUUGUCAGCCCUUCUGGCUUCUUGACUGUUCUAAUGACUUGGGUGCCUAGUAAAGGCAAGGUACUCCUUUUGACUGCAUGCCCCUGAAAUGGGUCCCUUCUUUAAAAUGUUGUGUGUGUGUCCCCACAUUUUUUUGGGUCACACCAUUAAUACCCCACUGAAGUAAUGGCUUCAGACUUCUGUACGUGUUGAAUCUUAAUCUGACAAACUGGGAGCAAAACUAGGACUAUUGUGUUUGUGUGGAGCCCUGCUGAAUAAUGCAGGCUACAGAAGCGUGGGGAGGUUUUUGUUUUUUGUUUUUAAUGCAAACAUGGACAAAGAAAAACAAUAGGAGAUAUCCAAUGUUAAGAGCAGACACCGUGAAAUCAAUGCAGAUCACCCCAGUCUUUGGGUAAGCUUCAGUGAUUUAUUUCAGUGGGAAUGAAGUGCAACCACCUUAGUGUGCAUCCAGCCUUAGUAUGCAUCCAAGAGAUGUUGAAUUGAUUUACCUACUCUCUUUCAAGCAGUUAACAUGGCACCCCUUGUGAAUCAAAGCUACAGUGGUGCACAAUACAGGAAUCUUCAUUAAUACAUUGUCUAAUGCCUUUGGAACAACUUUUGCAAGUUAGCUCUUUAGAACUAUUACCGUGGCAUAAUAGUUGUUUUCUUUUACUUUGGGAGGCUUAGUUUGAGCCCUUGCAGAACAGCCAAUUUUUUUUGUAAAUACUGUAUGUGCCAUAUUUUGGAGAAAUGCAAUCCACUCCAUUUACUUGUGUGUGAGCAUCUAGUAAAACAAAAUGACACUCAGGUAGCUUAUGGAGCUGAGCCGUUUUAAAAUGAAUUCAGCAUUCUUCAGUUGUGCACAUCCUGUGCUCUUGUUUCUGAUCAUUUUGUCUACUGUAGAAGUUAAUGAACUGUGUGCUGAUGAAUCUUUUUUACAAGUACAGUGGUACCUCGGGUUAAGUACUUAAUUUGUUCCGGAGGUCCGUUCUUAACCUGAAACUGUUCUUAACCCGAAGCACCACUUUAGCUAAUGGGGCCUCCCGCUGCUGCCACGCCGCCGGAGCACGAUUUCUGUUCUCAUCCUGAAGCAAUGUUCUUAACCUGAAGCACUAUUUCUGGGUUAGCGGAGUGUGUAACCUGAAGCAUAUGUAACCUGAAGCGUAUGUAACCUGAGGUACCACUGUAAAUGUAAGGAACGUUUCACUCCAGUGUAGACUCAAGCAUAGCAACAUAAUAAACUGAAAACUUCACUGUGGAAUUGUCAGGGCUAACCGAUUUCACUUCAAGAACUGGUAUUGCUGAGGUGCUCCUACAGUUCUCUGGAAUAGUUCCUGAAAACAACUCAUCUGGAAGAUGGUGACAGAAAUGUUAUAACAAGCCUCCUGCCUAAAUAAAAAAACAAAAAACAACAACCUUGCUCACAGAAAGAGCAAUGUUUUGCCUGCAGAAGGACCCAGAUUUAGUCCUUGGAAGCUCAAAAUAAAAAGGACCGUGUAGGAGAUAGUGGAAAAGAUUUCUGCCUUUGGUCCUGCCAAGCUGUUGCCAGUCAGAAUCAGCAAUGCUGGGUCUUACUGGCAAGUUGUCUGACCUGAUGUAAGGCAGCCACUGUUCAUUUCGCUCAGUUAUGAGAUUAUGGUGGAAAGUAGAUGUGGAGGCUUUGAGGACAUUGUCUCUCCUCUCUAUGAAGGUACCUUACAUAAAAGUGAUUUCUUUUGUAUUUGGAGUGGAAAAAUGUAAAGAAGAAGAAGUAGUAGUUUGCAAUCCUGCAUACAUUUGAUAAGAAUUUUCACUUUAGGCCCCCAGCAGUCUGCUUGAAGCUUUGGAGCAGCAUCUGGCUUCACUGGAAGGGAAGAAGACAAAGGAGGUUUCAGCUGCUAGCAGGUAAUAAAUAGGCAGGUAGACUGCAACCAGAGUAUUGAUUAUUGGCAUAUUGGAGUGUUGAAGUAUAGAAUGUUCCCAUCUGUUUUAUAGUCUUAUUUUUUAUGACUUCAAUGUAAUGUAGCAGAAUUGUUUCUUCUCAAAUAGUAAGGGCAAAAGUGGGUGAUAACACCAAAGCAAUAAUGCAAAGCAGGCUGUUAAAGUUGCACAGAAGAUUUAUUGAAUUGUAUAAUUAGCCCAAAGCACCGGCUGCUAUCAUCUGCCUUUAAGAGUGGGUAGGUGGAAUUAUGGGCUGAAAUGGGAAAAAUAAUUCUUUCCCCCCCACACUCCCUGAAAAAAACACAAAAAGAACCUGGUGAAUUCCUUAGUUCUCCACCUAAAUGACUUAGUACUGUCUACAUACAUAUGGCCAUCUUGGUAGCUGCCUCAUACGUGUGGAAUUAUCCUCCCUUUGAGAUCUGUCUUAUCUCUUGUAAGCACUCUAAAAAUCUUUAUUUGGAUUUACUUUGGAUUUCCAGACAAACCAGAUCAUUUUUCAUUGCGAAGUAUACUCUGAACCAGUGGUUCCCAAACGACCAUGGACCACUUGAGAAUGCUGAUGGUCUCAGUGGAUUAUCUAAUAAUUUUUCUGCCUGUUGUAACAACUGUAAUAUGUUGUGCUUAUUUUAUUGUAAUUUGUUGUAUUUUGUUAUCCAGUUUAAGUGCAUAAAAAGCAUGGUAAACAUGGAUACUUUGAGAUAUCAUGUUUCCCACUCAUUUACUUGGAUUUAAGUCCCUCUCAGUUCAGGUAAGUGUAUAUAGGAUCCCAGAUGCUAUGCCCUUCUAUCAUUCUUUGCCAGGUUAAUUUGGAGAAGACUGAAGUUGUAGUGUUCUGAAUUCUGUCCUGUUUCCCCCUUACUCAUGAACUAUCUAGGUGAUGCCUGAAGCUUCCUUCGAGUUCAAAGAUCUUAAAUAUGUGGUCCUUUUCCUUUAAAAUUUCAGAGCAAGCACCCUAUCCAGUGCAGUUUCUACACUUGCCAACACAGGAAUGUCCUUCACUAAAAUGGACGAAAGAGAGAAACAGCAGGCAUUGGAGGAGGAGCAAGCUAGACUUCAAGCACUGAAGGUACUGCUUCUGGUUUUGUUGGACAUGUGGAGUCAGAAAAUGUGUAAGCUAGUUUGGCAGCUGCACUUCAUAUACCCCUGUAAAAAGUAACUUGGCUCUGUGUCUUGUUAAAGUGAGAGGGGUGUGUGUGUGUGUGUGUGUGUGUGUGUGUGUGUGUAAGUGAGAAAGAGUGCUUUGAGUGUUUGGGAAUUGACCAUAUGCUGCAGCCUUAGUUUUCAUUUUGAUCACAGCAUCAAAUCUCUGACCUAUUUUAAAAAUCUUGGAUUCACAGAUCAAGCCAAAGUUGAGCAUUUCCACAUCUCACUGAGCUUGGUGUGGAAAGAGCCAACCAAAUUCUUCAUGAAAUCAAUGUGAUUUGAAAGUGAUUAGCUUUGGCUGGAUCAUGGCCUUAACUCAUGAACAGGACAGUCUCACUGAUUUUCAUGACAGUGGAAUAUGGCUGGAUUACAUCAUAACACUCUGUAGAAUGGAGAUGUGGGUUAACUUCGCAAGGUAGUUAAGUUUCAUUGUUGGUGUACUUGCAUUCUGAAAAACUCACAUAAUGUAAAAUUUGAAUUAUCUUGCACAACUCUUUUAGGAACAGCGAUUGAGAGAGAUUUCUGUGGUGUCAAAUUCAACUUCUACAUCUGCCUCUCCAAGCACUUUAUCAGGGAAGAGUGUAAACACCAAUGCUGCAGCUGUUGACCUAUUUGCAACACCUGCUCCAACCACCAAUAGGUGAGGAAUAUUUCAAUAUCAGGUACAAAUAAUCUAGAGUCAGAACUUCUUCAUAUUAUGGUAUUGGAAAGCAUUCCCAAGUGGAAACUCAGAAUGCUUUGUGGGAAUUGAAGAGAACAGGCACUUCAUUUGCAUAAAGGUUUUAGACUCUCAUUCAUUGUUUUACUGAAGAGAAACUUGACUAAGUUCCUUUGUUAAAAAAGCAAUUGUAACCUUUCUCCUUCCCUUUCACAAUAAUCUUUGUAAUCAAUUAAUUGAAAAAUUAGGAUUGAAUACUGAACGUCAAGACAUAUACAGUCAUUUUUACAUAAAGUAUAUAACAUAGAAGUGAUACCAGCAAGAAAAAAAUGUAAAAGAAGUUGCUCAAAUCUGACUUUGCAAUGAGAAAUGAAUGUAUGAGAUCAGGCACCAAAGGUUGUUCAUAGUGCUGUCCAAACUUCCAGCCUUAAAUUAAUAUGGCAUUCCUCCAUUCAUUAAUAAUGACCUCACCCAGUCAACAACUGGAUUGUAGACUUUUCCCAAUUUAGCAGUUAUAUCCUGCUUAUCCUGCAGUUGAAAAUCAACAGCCACAAGAACAAUAAAUAAAACCAAUAUAAAAACCGCAUAAAAAUUCCACCUUAAAAUGUUACAAACCACCAGCAGCAGAACAAAUAUUAAAACCAAUUGAAGAUUAAAACGGUCAAAUAAAACCAGUUACUAAAAAGGUCAGAUGCUGAAAGCCUUCCUUCACCAUUUAUUGGAAGGCCUAUAAAGAGGAGUCCAAACAAGGCUACAGAAUCUUCUGCAGCACAAGCCUGGCAUUGACAGUAUUGUUGGGGUGACAGUGGGUUAAUACUUGCUUUAUUGUUGUGAACAAAAUCUACCUUGGAGAGGAGGAUUCUUGGAGGAUCUCAUCAAAUCAAAUUUGUGUUGUAAAGUGAAAUUUCAAGUUAUUUCUCUCAUGUCAGUGGAUGUAUAUGCAGGCAUUUCUUGAAGUUGUCUAAUGUUCAGAUGUUCAAACAGCAUAAUAAACUUCCUCUUGCUUAAGUAUGCCAUUUAUAGCUGACAACCUUCUUGGAACUUUCAGCAUGCCCAACCUUUCUACUGAUCUCUUUGAUCUCCAACCUGCGUUUGUUCCAACGGUACAGAGUACUCCAGCCAUAGCAACAUCAGCAGGCAGUGCCUGGGGAGGUAAGUUUACUGCUGUCGUUAAAUAAAACAUUUACAGUCCUUGGAAUUAAUUGUCUUUACCCUUUCAGAUUGUCAUACAUUCCUGAAUGCACAGCUAAUCUUAUGUUGUCAUGUAAUCCAGUUGCCUUUAUUAAUAGCUGUGGCAGAGAAACAUGUAAUUGAUAACAGCAGCUAUUAUUGUACCCCAAAAUUAUUGCUGUUUUUCUUCCUAGUUUUAUUAGAUACAUAAACAUCUGCAAAUUUUGUCUGCUGAGGGUACAUUACAUAGGGUGUAACUUUGUUAGAAUAAAGGCCUUGUUAGAAUAAAGUUUUAAAGUCAAACAAAAAAAAAGCAGUUAGUCCCUGGUGGAGCCCCCCGAGGCCUAGGGCAGGUGUACCCGGCUGCUCCCCCCCCCCCCGCUGCAACAUGGCCCUGGUGUAACAUCUUCUCUGCAUCUCCUGGUGUGUGUUCUGAACUGUUAGGUCAUUGUGAAUCAGUUUUCCAUAGUAAAUGAAACAUGUAACAGGAGCGGAGAACAUAACAGAAUGUUUGUGGUUUGUGGGUAUUUGUAACUGUCCCAUUUUGCAUUUCUGAGUUCUACAUCCAAAUGCUUAGCUGCUAUCAGAACAACUUGAGGUAGGAAGUUUGGUCUACACGGAGUUGCCUCUGCCCAUAAUUAUAACUUGAAUGUCUUCCUCUCUUUAGGAUUCUAGUUAGUGAUGGAAUUAAAUAAGGCUGCUAUAUAGAACAGAUAUGUACAGGAGUAAAAAUAGUUAUGUCCUCAACACAUAGAAAAUUCGGUUAUAGUACAGAUACAGUCCAAACUGGUUGUUGAGAUGCUGCUUCCCAGCUUCAACUAUAGGCACAGUAAGAUCAUGUCACAAACUCGUACUUACAGAUAUCCUCUCUUGUGCAUCAUACACCUCUGAGUCAGAGGUUUGGGGAAGGAAAAUGUAGUGCCAGAAAACCCUACAGGUCACUCUACUUAUGAGAAAAGUUAACAAGUGGACAGCUUAACCACCUGCCUCCAGAAGUUAGAAAUAUGUCUACCAGGAAACAGUGGCUAGCAUUCCAGUGCAGAGCAAGCAAAGGUUCAGAUGUAAUGCAGAGACAGGUUGUGAGAAUUCCAUCUCUACUUUAUACCUAAAGCAGACUUAGAUUGACAGCCAAGGAUGAAUCUGUGUUGGUAGAAUGCAAGGUGUAUUUUGUGAGCAAGCCAGUGAAGCUCAAGUAGAAAUAGCAACUGCUUGGUCUAAAGACCUGGAAGUGUCUUCUGGUGUAAUACCGUAUUUUUCGCCCUAUAGGACGCGCUUUUUCCCCUCCAAAAAUGAAGGGGAAAUCUGUGUGUGUCCUAUGGGGCGAAUACAGGCUUUCGCUGAAGCUUGGAGAGCGAGUGGGGUCGGUGCGCACCGACCCCUCUCGCUCUCCAGGCUUCAGGAAGCUAUCAGCAAGCCUGGGGAGCCCGCGGGAGUUCCCGCAGGGCUCCCCAGGCUGCGGAUAGCAGCCUGCUGCACGGAGCGCAGGGAGCGCUGAAGCAGAGCGCCCUGUGCUUCGGGCAGACAUCGGGCAGCCCCACAAGCUCGGGGGACAGCGGGGAGGCGCAGCGCCGCCAUCCAGCUGUUCCUCGACCUGGUUUGGAUUCCCCGACCUGGUUUUGGGGGGGAAAUAAAUGAAAUAAUUUUUUUCCUUUAUUCCCCCCCCCCAAAAAAAAAACUAGGUGCGUCCUAUGGGCCAGUGCGUCCUAUGGGACGAAAAAUAUGGUAUAUGUUUCCCGCUCCCAAAGAGUUGUGCAUUUUUGUAUGAAAGACAAAACUGGUAUGAAUUUCAUACAGUAGUGUUUGGGUGAGCAGACCAAUGAGAAACAGCCGUACACAAAACCGUGUUAAGUCCUUACCAUCCUGCUUCUGUGAACUCCCCAUGUUGUUCAGUGUGUCGUCUCUCUUGAGUGCUACUUGUGUUCUAGUUUUACUUCUUUCCCUUUCUUUCAACCUAAUGCUGUAUCUGAAAGGAACUUUCUCAUCCACAAAUGGUUGUGUUGGGUCUCCACCCCACCUGGACCUCUUUGAUAUGAAGCCAGUUGAAGAAGCUGUAAAAAGUACCACCCCUUUUGUGACAUCCACCUUUACCUCCAAACAAACAGUGGAACUGUUUAGUGGUAAAACAUCCUCUAAUUUCUUUCCAAAUAUACAUUAUUAUAGUGAUUCUAAUAUUUCUAAUUGUAUUAAUUCUCAGUUUCUGCAUUAAUUUUCUUAGUUUCAACUCAAAACCACAUUACAACUGCUAAUUGUUGGUCAGAUAACUGUGACAAUUUUAAUUAAGAAUCAAAAUUGUGCACUUUAAAUAUGCAAAAUUGCUUGUGUUAUUUUUGACAUGUUCAUGACCACAACUUUUUUUUAAAAAAAGUUUAUAUAUAAAUAUAUGAUUGGGUUUCCAAAGUUCUAUAAUUCACUAGAUGCCCCUUCUUAAAUUUGGCAUCUGCUUUGUUCCUUUCUUUCUCUACACUACCCUGUACUUUUCUUAUAAAUGUUUACAUAACAUCAGCCUCUUAGAAUUGCAGAACUAUUUAAGGACAACAGUACCAAUAAUUUUUAUUAUCAUUUGUAGGAUAUCCCCUUAAUUCGGUACCACAGAAUACUGCCUCUUCAACAGUCAAUGUGGAUUUUGAUGCUGUAUUUGGUGGCAAAUCAGCAGUACAAGAAUUUAGAACUGCAACAGGUAAAGCUAUUUAAUGUGUUUCAAAUUUCUGCAUUUUAUAAAGCCAGCAGCUACUUUUAUUUGUCUAGUUAUAUAGGUCAUUGGAUUCAGUAUUUGCCUUUUUAUCAGAUAAUUAUUUUAUAUAAUGUCAAUCUGUAAAACACUGCUUUCCAGAAUGCAUGGAAGACAGAGCGCCAAUACUUCACAUGUAUGGACAGCUAGUGGCUAAGGAGUGGGAAGCAAAUGAAUAAACCUGUCUGACAAAUUUCCUUCUUGUCAUUUAUUGCUCAGCCAUAACUUUUCUCUGUAUGUUUCCUUUCCUUGAACAUGCAUGAAUAGCCUUUCCUCAGAGUCCCGGGCUGCUAAAUGUUGUCGUUGGCAUUUCCAUUAGGUUGGGGAGACCUGUGGCCCUCAAGAUAUUGCUGAUCUACAUCUUCCAUCAUCCCUGACCGUUGGUCAUUCUGGCUGGGGUUGAUGGGCAUUGGAAUCCCAAAACAACUGGAGGGCAGCAGGAAUGCCCACUGUUGUAUUAGACAUUAAAGCUCAGCCACAAGAGGAGGGGAGAAUAGUCUUUGCUCUUUUCUACUUGCUAGUUAGUCACUUGCUGACUCACCAUGCUGCCUAAUCAUGGGGAUGAAGUCAUACUUUAAUUUUGCUUAAAUGGUGUAUCAAAUGGUUUUAUUCGCUGGAGGGUGCCUGUCUUUUUAAACUGAUGGACUUAAAUCAUUUAAAUUUAGAAAUUCUAAGCUCCUUAGAAUGUUUCUGAUUAAAUUAUCUUUUAGAAAAAAGUUACCUGCCCCAAAGUACAAGUGCUUAGUUCUGUUUCCUGCUAGUCUAAUACCCAUUGUGAUUGUCCUUUUCUUUAUUUUUGGUAUAUUUCAAUGUGGCGUUCCGGAUCAUGGAUUUCAAUGGGUAAGUUAAUAAAGUGAUUAUAAGCUUAAGGCUGCAAUCCUAUGCAUGCUUAACCUGGGAGUGAGCCCCACUGAAUAGCACAGAAUUCUGUUCUCUGUAAACAUAAAUAAGUUUGUGCUACCCCUGGUCUCUGCCCUUAAGUGUAACCCAGGAAGUAAAAUCAAGGGCUUUAGGCUUCUCCUCUGAAAGGCAGCAUUCUUCUUACUCAUAGCAAUGAUUUUACAUAGAAAGGCCACCUGGGCAUUUAUAGGUUGUGAGCAGGAAACAGCUCCUCAAUGAGCACUAGUAAAGGUGUUCGUGCAGAGAUUAGUCUGAUUGGUGUACAGGCCAAAAAUGCUUCUCUUACCCUCCUCAAAUGCACAUGCUUCCAGAGUUUACUGGGCACUCAGUAUUGUGUUCAACUACAAGGGAGGGAAUGAAUAUGAUUGUAAAAAGAAUACAUGCCCAGAUCAGAGCCUUCAAUUGAAAUGAAUGUGGAACUGUCUUAGAUUGCAGAGGACAAAGCUCAACUCCUGUGGCCAUAGGAAUGCAUUGUCUUAAAACAUACUGAAACAUAAGAUGAGCCCUGUUUGAUCAGAGACCUAUUUAGAGACCCAGAUCAGAAAACCCAAAUGCAGCAGCCAGAUUCUGUUUAGAUCUCAUAUAACUCCUGUUUUAAAACAGCUGCACUGGUUGCUAGUUUGUUCCCAGGUGCUCACAAUUAGUGAGUAAAGCCCUAAAACACCCAGGCCCUGAAUAAUUGAAAGACUGCAUUCUUCCCUACAAGCCCUGUCAGGUGUUAAGAUUGGCAGAGGGGACCCUGUUGAUUAUUCCACUGUCCCCAGAAGCUUGGGGUGGGGUGCCUGGGAGAGUGCAUUCUCUGUGACAGACCCUAAAUUGUGGAACUCUCUCCCCAUAGAAAUGUGUCUGGUAUCUUCAUUAUACAGCUUUCAGAAAACGUUGAAGGCAUACAUAUCUUUAACCUGGCUUUUGACACCUAAGUUAAAUAUAUAUUUAGUUCCCAACUUAUUUCUGUUAUUUUAAGUUGCUUGUUUUUAACAUUGUGCUUUAAUUGUUGAAAUCUGCCUUGAGGGUAAAGGAUGAGUAAUAAUAAUAGUCUAGCAUCCUGUUCUCACAGUGGCUGACCAAAGUGCAAGAACACUCCCCAUUCUUACUCCCCAGCAACUGCCUCCAGCACUGAAUGCUUCUCUAUAGGAACCACCACUUCCAAGACAAACAUUGCCAGGGGAAGGCAAACAGCCGGUCUCUAAGGACCAUUACAUCAUGGUGUUUUAACAUGCCUGCAGUUCUUAGCUUUAUAUUUGCCUAAUGCUAAGAACAUGAUCCUUGCAUUAAAAAACUUUUAUUGAUCUUUAUCAUUCCCCUCUUCUGGAGAACUCAGGCCAAUGUACAUGACACUCCCCCUUUUUUCCCACACCAACCCUUUGAGGUUGGCUAGUCUGAGAGAUGAUGAGUGGCUUAAGAUCACCCAGGAAGCAUAGUGGCCGAUUGGGUUGCUGUACCUAAUUCCAGCAUUCAAACUACCACACACGCUGGCUUUGAAGUACUUAAGACACCUGAAGGCUAUAAUUGAAACAUUGCUGUCUAAUUUCUUUUAACUGAUUAUUCUGAUAAAAUAAACAUUAUGACCUCCCCAUCUACGCCCACCCCAGUUUUGUAAAUUUCCUCUUUUUGGUGCUGCUUGGGCAAGUCCAUUUCCUGCACUGAUGGUUGUGUGUGGGUUUUGGUUUGUGCUUUCUAAUUUUACAUCUCUAAGAAAGUGCAAUUGUCAAACCACCCUAUACAUAGGAGAAACUGCGGUUAUCUUUGUGUGCAUUAAAAUAUUUUGUACACUUUCAAGACUGCUUGAAAAUCCAGGGUUUAAGAAUUCCUUUUUAAAUCUUUGAAGUGUAAAUCUUACAUUCCAGCAGCUUAUUAGAAUUUUGUCUAGAAUCAUUUUUUCCAGGAAUAAUGUGGGGUUUAACCCAUAUCUUGUCUAAUCCUUAAGCUCUUUUGAAAUGGAAACUGUACAUAAAAGCUAAUGCUGGCUAGAAUUCAGUUUCCAUUGCUCUCGGUAAAUAGUGUGCUUAGGUGGGUUUGCACAUCCCAGCUUCGCCAAAAUAUACAUUCUGACAUUUCAGUGAGUAUCACAGUAUAGAUGUAACUCUUAUUCCUACAUCUGUGGAUGUAAGCAGACUAUCGCAUAUACAACUAAUUUAACUAGGCGAAAAGGGUUGUGGCAUUUUAUUGGGAGUAGGGGAUUUCUGGGUGGUGGUACCCUUUUUUGCCUUCUGUUACCAGUUGAAAUGAUAGCUGCAAACCAAUAAUACUCUUUUUUAAAAAGGUUAUCUCCUUUGUACCCAGUCUUUAAUUUACAGAUGAUGUAUUGCAACCAACAGUACAAGCUCAAAAUCAGAGAGUAGCUUUAAUUGGUCAGCACAGUGGGAAGAUUUUGGCCAAUGACCUUGAUUCUUCACUUGCUAAUCUGGUUGGAAGUAAGUUUAACACUUUCGUUUUUAAAGAAAGGUUUCCCUAUGUUUAUUAUGAAAGGAAUUCUAAAUCUUAAUUACAUGUUUUUUUGGUGUUUUAUUACAGAUCUUGGCUUUGGAGGAACACCAUCGAAAAAGUGAGACUUAUAUUCCUUAAUUUCAUAAUUUCUAAUUAUAUAUUGAUAAAAAUGUCCUUGACUUGUGUUUGCAUUGCUGAGCUAUCACAGAAUUUUCUAAUAUUCAGUGUUGUGCCAAUACAAUCAUUCUGUGAGAGCAAAUAUUGCCUAACGGAACAGACCUUAACCUUCAAAAGGAGACAUUCAGCAAUAGCUUUUUAAGAUUGUUUUGAGUUAUUAAGAAGAUUUAUAGCCUGCCUUCGUACAAGCCCAGGGGUUCAAGGUAGUGCAUUUUUUUUUUGUUUAUUUUGGUUACAUAUUACAAAUACAUAUACAUACAGAAAAAUAGAAAAAGAAUUUAAAAAAAAUAGAGAAGAAGAAGAAAUAAAAAACAUAAGAAGAAAAAGAAAGAAAGUUUAAAAAAGCCUGAACAUUUUCAGUUAUACAUCUUUGUAUUUACAAGCCAUCUUUUUAUAACUUCUGGCUCAUCUCCCUUAUUUGUAACUUCCCGCCUCCCUUAAAUGACUCCUAAUAAUUCAUUCUUUCUUAUUAUCUGUAUUCAGUUGAUAAGUCUGUGGAGAGCAUUCUAAUUGCCAGUGGGAGUUUAAUCUACACUAAGCCAAGCAAAGUCUUGGGAACCUCUUUUUUCCAUGUAAUUUAUGAAAACAUCCAGUUUUAACAUCCAGCUAAAAAUACAAAAUUAAGCAAAUAUUAAAAACAAACCCAAUCUCCCCAUGUAACACCUGGCUGUUCUGGUAGUCAUUUCCGGGCCAGGGUUGGGGCACAAAUCCCACUCCAAAAACAUGUGACGCAACUGAUUUCAUGAAUAGCACUAUUGUUCAAGUAUUGGAAAAGAAAGGUUUGUAAAACUUUCACCAUCCUGCCAGUCUCUUCUAACUAGAGGGGAAAAAAUCCAAAUGUUUUAAUUCUAAACAUUCAAAAAUUAACAUAUAUAUCUUGCUAUAAUCAAUAACUAAAACAGGUAAAGAAGAAGUCCCAGAGUAAAAGAUGUUAAAAGUCUAAUUUAAUUGACUAUAAAACAAAUCACAAAUAGAAUUUGCCUGUAAGUGCAGUGACAUCAAACUUGCCACCAUGUGCUCUGAGUCGUGCUUCACACCUUGGGUGUAGGGAUGCCAUCAAUAAGGCACAGGGUGUGGGAUGUUCCUGGCGCAGGUGAAUUGUUAACAUUGCUAAUAAAAAUAUUGUUUUGACCAGGUGGUGGGCUGGUUGGUAUGAUUUAAAAUUUGCCUAAACCUCUGGGAACUGCUUUGUGAGAGCAGUUUCCGAUGUAUAAAGCCAGCUGAGUUAUCUGCUACCUUACCAGUGUAACUCACAAAGUUUUAUGGAAAUUUGGCUCUCUUACUUGCCAGGCUUUCUGAAGUAAGCACACCUUGAAACAAACGGAGGAAGUAAUUUAUUUUGCAGUUAUGAAUUUAAUAAAAAGUAGAUGCGGUGUUUAAAAAGUUACAUAUACUAAAUGCUAUGAUCCAGGGGCCGUGAGGUGUAAUUAUAGUGGCAGCUAAAAGAAAUUAGUGAUUAACAGAACAGUUCUGUAUAUUGCAGUAUCAUUUCAGCUGUUCUCCAUAUGUAACUGCUCAGCUUUCAAUUCGUUUUUAGAUCUGAUAUGCAGUGGAAUCAGCCUACAGAGAAGAAACUUACUGGUGGAACCAACUGGCAAGCGAAAACAAGCACCUCAACUACAUGGAAUACUGUCCCUAUUCCUCCUGCUCCACAGAUGGUAAUACUUACAGUAUUUUCAGCCUUUAAAUUGUUUGUGUGUUUGCCUUUCCCCUGUAUUUCACAAAGCAUUCUUGUCAAAAUUUUGAGAGGAAUUUACCAAUAAGGCUUUGGCAUGAAAUUUUAGAAUCCCAAGGGAGAGGAUUUGGACAUAAAAUAAAUUGGAGGUUACAGUGCAUCUUGUAUAACAUGUAAAUACUUUAGUACCUUCUAGAUGUGAUUCUCUGUAUUUUUUAAAGUAUUUUUGUGAUAAAAAUAUUGGCCAGAAUCCAAAGAACUACUUAAUUGCACACUAGGGGCUGGUGCUACCCUAGUGGAAUUGUUGCCUUGUUUUUCUCUGAGCACUUUACAGCCAUCAUAAACUGGCUUUGAGACUCCCCUUCAAGAUGUUUAUAUUUUAUUACUUUAAAUGAUUUUAAUGUUGUAAGCUGCAGAAGGAAAAUACUGUAUUCUGAAGGUAGCUAAUGUGUACUAAAUUGAAAUGAAAGGGCUUUGGAGAAGCAGCUGAAGAGAAACAGCCCUAUAAACCCUGGUACAUGUACACUUCUGGUCUCCAGUUCUUUGUGGAUUGGUGUUUUAUUUUUGAUAGGAUCCUGGCAGAUAUGGCAAAAAUUCAUAGCUUUGUAUUCCAGCUCCCAGUAACAGGUGCUUGAUGCCUUCUAACUUGUUUGUAGUAGCACAGAUUGCAGCUUUACUGUUUCGGUGUGAAUUGCUCUUAUGUGUAUAAAUGGUAGCUCUUUCUUAGAUACCUAUUAUGCUUCCUGGUUGCUUCAAAUCUGAGCUGAAAAGCAUGAAUCAAAUUAAUGAAAAUAUUCUCCUUAGCUAUUCCUUCCUUAUAUGGAAAGAGAACUUUCUCUGUACAAAAGAGCAGUCAAAUAAUAUAGCUGCCCCGUAAUUUCAUUCAGCCACUGUCAGGACUGGUCGUUGUCCUCUUCAGAUCACCACACAAACGCUUCUUGUUCUUUUAUAACUUUUUAUUGUGUAUUAACAAAAUAAUCUUAUAAACAGUUCUUAACUAUUAUUCCUCAGAGUCACUUAUUUCAGAUACCUUCUGAGCUCUGCUUCUCCGUGACCAGCCACCCUCAAAAUGGCGAAGGCGCCUUUCCCUUCGUUUUCCUGCUCUUUUUUCUAACCUCCUGGCUAGAGCUGGCCUGUAUCUCCCCUCCUCCGAAUCUGAGCUAGAACUUAACCCUUGCCUUUCCUGGGAACAGCCGGUCCCUCCCUGUUGUUCCUCUUGCUCCCUUCUACAGUGGUGCCUCGCAAGACGAAAUUAACUUCGUCUAGCGGUUUUUUCGUCUUGCGAAGCAACCCUAUUAGCGGCUUAGCGGAUUAGCGCUAUUAGCGGUUUAGCGGCUAUUAAAGACUUAGCGGCUUAGUGGCUUAGCUGCUAAAAGGCUAUUAGAGGCUUAGGGGCUUAGAAAAAGGGGGGGGAGCGAAAAAAAAUCUCAAGACUCGCAAGACAUUUUCAUCUUGCGAAGCAAGCCCAUAGGGAAAUUCGUCCUGCGAAGCAACUCAAAAACGGAAAACCCUUUCGUCUAGCGGGUUUUCCGUCUUGCGAGGCAUUCGUCUUGCGGGGCACGACUGUAUUAGAUUCACUGCUCUCCCUCCCCCCUUGGGGAAUGCUUUCUCCCUCUGAGAAACUGGAAACUUCUAACUCUUCCCUGACAGCCACAUUGCUUUAAUUCUUUUUGAAUGUACAGUUACAUGGUGUGCGAGACUGAGGAUAAUUAACUUCAUAACUAGCUUGUCUUGUUUCUAGCUAAAGUCAUUCUAGUUUUGGUAUCCUGCUACUCCCAAUAAUUUUCUGUCCCUCCUCCUUUUUGCUAUGCUAGAAUGGAGUACCUUAUCUUGGAUAUGCGAGUUCCUAUCCUGCAAAAUAAGAUGCAUUUUAUACAAUUUCUUCAGUGUUAGCAGUGGAAUUUGUAGCCAAAUUUUAUAUGCAAUCUCCCCCCCCCCCCCACUGUCAAAGGUACCUGCUCCAGUAACCUACCCACUGAAUACACCUCAAGUGCCUGUGUAUGGAAUGGUAAGAAUAUUCACUCUUUAUAUUUAUAUAAUACAUUGAGAAGAUGUUCUAUUUUGAAUGUCAUACAUCGUAAUUUGCAGCAGCCUAAUGAGCCUGAAAUCUCAAGUACUAAUUCUUUUGUUAUUCUGUUGCAUUGUAAAGUUGUCUGAAAAGCUUCUGCAUGCACAAGGGAAGUCACUGAAAUGUUUUUUAUCUUGCUUCCCAAUACUUACCAACAUUUUAAUCAAAGUGUGGUAUAAAGUUUUUCCCACUGCUUUACUUGGAUGUCCUAAGAAAUGUCUUUUAUAUUAUCCCCACACCACGUUUUAAGAUUUGCCAGUGUGGUCUUAACAUCUUUUAAUGGAUGCAAUUUUAGCAUCCCCUUAGAGCAAGACCUUUUCACUAGUUUGUCCCUCCCCAAGGAAGUUAUCUUAGCCUCCUCAUCUCUUUCUUGAAACAGACACAAAUAUUCUGUCUCCACCAUGUUUUUAUAAUGAUGUCCACAAUAGCUUAGGGAUGGAAAUCUGAGGCUAAAACAGAAUUUUAGUCAUAUUUUAUGUAACUGAUUCCAUUCGUUUGGUGGUGUUUAUUAUUUGGUGCCCAUUCAUUUGGUGGUGUUUAAAAGUGCAUUCAAGUUGUAACUUAAUCCACCCCCACCAUUUAUGUACAAAUUCCAAAGAGGUGAAAUACCUUGGCUGUAUCUGAACUCCUGCAUUUAUAAUUAUGCUCAUGUUGCUCUAUGACAAUUUAUUAUAGAAGCUGGCCAUUACAGGUGGGUGGAAUUAUCUGGUCAACACACUUCUGAGGCAUUUCAGUUCCUUGCAAGCAAAUUCAGUCCUCCAUCUCUCUCAGAUUUCAGGCAGGGAAAAUUAUCUUCUCUGUCAGACACAUUGGAAAGCUGCUUCCCGUAAGAAUAGAUGUCACUGGGCUAGAUGGAUUAGUGGUCUGACUCUGUUGAAGACCACAUGAAACCACUGUCUGAAGAGUGCAGAAACUGGCCGCUUCAGCAGUAGGAGUACUGUGUUCAUGCAUAAGCGGCUUCUGCACCUAGCCUCGAGAGCUUUGGCGUUAAGUUGCUGAAAGGGAACUAGAAUUUGUUUAGCUUUCAAAAUAUAUAGAUAGAGCAACCAUGUUCAAGCUCAGAGUAUCAGUAAAUGACCUUAUACAUUCCUGUUUCUGUCUGACAUUUAGGUACCUGCUCAGAUUGGAGCUACUCCUAUUAUGGCACCCCAGCCUAUGAUAUAUACCCAAACCAGCCUAAGGCCAACAAAUCCUUUUGCACCUAUCUCUGGAACACAGGUUAGUGUAUUCCUUAGCAUAAAGAUGAAACUCUUCAUGAUUCCUGUAGACUGUUAACAGCACUUGCCACUUUAAAAUAUUUAUAUACUGCCCCUGAUUGGUCAAAUCUGCUCCUUAGGCUGCAAAACAUCAUCACCAUUACUAUUUAUAUUCAACUGUCCGUGAGCUUGAAAGGAUACUGGUAUGUUCUUUUACCGUCUCAGAUCCUAAAGUACUUGCCCCACAGCACUGAGACCCCCUCCUGAUGAAAGUUAGGCAGGCUAAGGCUUUCAGAUAGAGCUUGAUCAGCUCCACUCAAAGAGUUACAGAAUGAAUCAAAUAUACAUUUAUUUAAAAUGUUCUUUAUUUAAAAAGCAGUUAUGGGCCCUUCAGCAAUGGGUCUGUCAGCAACUGAUUGUGCCUGGAUGUUGCUAGCAGGAAACAAACCAGUUCUUUGUUUCUUAUUUUGUUUUUUUGUUGAAAACAGACAAAAAAAAAGUUUGCCUAAUUUGCAAUUAAGAUGUAUUUUAUUGUAGUUAGUAGAGUAGUGGAACUUUUAUUGUGAUGAACGUUCAAAAGUUAAGACUUGAUACCUUGUAGUUCAACUUUAAGAAGCAGGGCUUCAACCAAGCCUCUGACUGAUCAGCACAAGUUUUUAGAGAUAUUCCUGGGAUAUUAUUAAGCAGAUGGAAGGUAAUCUGUGAUUUUAAAUUUUUACAUGGUUUUAGUGUGUGUAUGUGGGACGCAGGUGGCACUGUGGGUUAAACCACAGAGCCUCUUGGGCUUGCCAAUCAGAAGGUCGGUGGUUCGAAUCCCCACGAUGGGGUGAGCUCCCGUUUCUUGGUCCCUGCUCCUGCCAACCUAGCAGUUCGAAAGCACGUCAAAGGACAAGUAGAUAAAUAGGUACCGCUCCAGCGGGAAGGUGAAUGGCGUUUCCGUGUGCUGCUCUGGUUCGCCAGAAGCGGCUUAGUCAUGCUGGCCACAUGACCCGGAAGCUGUAUGCUGGCUCCCUCGGCCAAUAAAGUGAGAUGAGCGCCGCAACCCCAGAGUCAGUCAUGACUGGACCUAAUGGUCAGGGGUCCCUUUACCUUUACUAAUGUGUGUAUGCACAAAAGAAUUGUUGUGCACCAGAAUUUUGUUUUAAAAAAUAUAUGAAAAAGCAGUUUACAAGUAUUUUGUGAAUAAAAAUAUGUAACCUUAAUGACUUUCAUUCAGCUUGUUUUUCUUUAUAUAUGUUGCAGAUACAAUUUAUGUAGACCCGCCAAAGCAGCAAGACACUUUGACAACCAAAUAUUGGUAGAAAGAAGACAGAACUUUUGAACUGCGGUCCUCACUAGGGCACAUACCCACUUCCCAUACAAUAUCAAUUACUUUGAAUUGCUGUGCUUUAAAGAUUAUUGUUAUAACAGUCACUAUGGUAUGAAAUCAUGUUUGGUUUUGGAUAGCAUAAGACUGUUUUCAGUGGAAAGCUGAAGUAUUCUGAAGCUGAAGGUCAGCAAAGUAUGUAAGGAGAAUCCUGACUUUCCCUUUUUAAAUAAGAGCUUACUUGGAAACUCUUUGCAGCAUUUCCAUGCAACAGCUAGCCUCUAGUAAGCUAGUGGAGGGUAUAAUUAUUCUAUUUAUUUUCUCCCAGAAUUCUGUGGCCGUUGUUACCAUGGCACCACUUAAUGAAGUUGAGCAAUAAACCUUUCAGAUACUCUUAAGCAGUACCUGAUACAAUAAGACUCUGAGAAGAAUCUUGCAUUAUCAGAAAUGCCAAUAUUGACUGCUUUUUCUCAUGCUAGACUAGUUUCUUCUAAUUCACAAAUUUUGUACUGUGAGUUUUAAAUGCUGUGAAUCAACUUUUAACUAAAUGUAGGCCAUUAACAAAAAACUAUAGUCAAUUGGCAUUUCAGCAGAGCGUUGCCUUGCCAAGUGAUAGAGUUAUGCUUUGGCAGAGACUGGGGCACCUGACCUAUUUUGAAGAAAAUAGUAUGUUACAAAGUAGAGUGUGUGCAGUCCUGGCAUGGAUGGCAAUAGCUGCACUUCCUUAUGCAGCCUCUUAUGUACAGAUAGCAGCAUCAUUUCAUACUUUAGCUAGAGUUGCCUUCAUGUCCCAGAAAAAAGUCUGCAGGUGGCCAGCAGCAGUGAGUCUGGGAAGCUUUUUGCCCUUAAUUUAAGAUGUAGGGCACCAGCAUUUUCUUAGUCAUUCAUCAUUUACAGUGCUGCACUUUAAGAACUGGAAAAUUGUGUUCCUGAGCUCUUCUAUCCCUCUAUAGCUUGCGACCCAUGUUGUGGGUAAAGGAGCAAAAGAAAAUUUUAAAAGGGCCAGUCACUACAUAAAACAAACUUUUUUUUGGGGGGGGGAGGAGGGAGUGUAAAUAUUUGUAAACCCUGAAAUACAAAAAAAAUCUAGUGCUGCAUAAUCUUUUCUUCUUCUUUGUAACACAUUCAAAAUGCAGAUAUUGUACUGCUUUAAGACAUUUAGCUCAAAUUUCUUUUGUAUUGAAAAGUUCAGACCAUUAUCCUUCAGGAUACUUAAGAUAUUAUUGCAGUGUAGGAGAAUGUAAGAUGGUCCGUGAUUUUCAAACACAAUGCCCCAAAAUAAUGAAAGGAUUACCUUAAACAUUAUUUUUAAAUUUGUCAGAUGGAGUCCAGGGCAUACCUAUGAGGGGAGAUGGGAAGCAAAAAAUGAUGAUGAUGAUUUAUUUUUUAAAAGAACAUUUUAACUGAAGAAAAUGUGCAAACUGGUUCUUUCCUUUCUAUCACUGCUGUGAUGAUUUUCUUGUCUUGAGCUCAUUGCGGUAGCAAUAACAGCAAAAAGCCUCUCUCUUAAAUGUCAAUGUGGCUUUCUUUCAUUAAGCUUGCCCCUUUUUAUCAUUUAAAACUUUUUGCAGCACUUGAGCUUGAUUUUCCAAGUGUUUUUACCAAGUUAUUGGCCCUUGUUCCGUGGGAAGGGAUUUGCAGAAACAAAAAAUACUUUUGUGGCUCAGGCUGUGUCAAAUUCUAGAAAACCAGUCUUUUCCCUGUAAGUGUCUUUUGUGUUUGUUAAUAUUGUGCCAAGAAUGUAAAUAUAUAUAUAUAUGCUUGCUUCAAGAAAGAUAUACUUGUUUUGUCAAACUAAACAUGAUUUUUUAAAAAAAUCAAAUCGUUUUUUUACAUAUGUGUUUGCAAUUUGUAACCACUAACUUUGUAUGGAUUAAAUGUUGCAAGUUGGAAAAAACGUUUCAGACCAAAUCUUGGACAUGUACUGGCAAAGACAUAAACUGGAUGCAUGUACAGUAAUUAAAUGUGGAAAGUGAAUUUUCAAGGGCUUUGGGCUUUAAUGUUCUCUCCUGGUUUGUCCAAAACCAAUAUUUAUUGUAGCCCUAUACAAGCUGGAGCAGCUUACUUAAAGGCCUUGUUUUAGUUGAUAUUCUAGUGAGUUAAUUCAAAUGAUCCUCAUUUAGGAUUUUAAAUCAUGCUUCUAACCAAUUUUCUGUCUUUUAAUCCAGUUUGGAUCAGUACAUGUAUUUAAAUUACACAGAUUUUAUAAUAACUAGCUAAAAUAUUUGAUCUCAGAGGCUGUGACCAUGUAAAGUUUGGGGUUGUAAAAUAGGCAGCAACCUUUUUUAUCCCCCAGAUAUUAUUUUCUAAUAAUUCAGUUUAACUGUGCUUAAUUUAUUGCAUUUACUGGCUGCAGUCUUACAGCAGGGAACUUCAUGCAAUACCCACCUCCUCAGAGAGAGGGCAGCUUCAACUCUCCAAAUGAAUGGAUUUAUGUAUGAUGUUUAUGUGCUUUCUACAACAUUAUACAGUAAUCAUUUAUAUAUCCAUUAAAAUCAGAUUCAAAGCAUAAUAAUAAUCACAAUAGUCCCACGGUAGCAUAAGCCGCCAAUGCUUACACAUUCUUGCUUCUAUUCAUAUGCAAUUUAAUUCAUUAAGGAAGACUGGAUUUUGUAAUUUCUCUUUUCGUAUCUAACUUGCCAGCUCAGUGACCUGAACUCAAAAUGUUACUGAAUAUGUGCAUCUUCUCAUGCUUGCAAUCUUUGUAAGCAGUGUGAUACUUGCACAACCUAAUUUAACCUUUUCCCAACAACAAAUGUGUGGGGAUUCCCCCAUGCUCAUACAUGAAGGUAACCUGUAAACCCUAGUAAUGGCAUUACUCUUAACCUGUAAUGAUUAUUUGAGGAAUUCUUUUUAAGAAUUGUUACCCACUAUACUGGUGUAAUUUUUGUCAGAUUCAGUUUUACAUUCUGUCUCCAAUAACGCUAAACUUGGAGGUUGUGCUUUUAUCCUAUAACCAAGGACUUUGAUUUUAUAAUAAAUGAGCUUUCUAGACAAUAAGUGAUUAUCUAUUUGUUCAAUAAACCAAUGGCAUCUUGUCCAAAAAAGUAAAUAAAUGUCAGUAGCUGUAUUUUGGCUGUCAAUAUUAGCAUUGAACCUUUGUAGGUAAUACUUAGUCUGUAGUUCUUUAACUUAUAUAUAAAAUUCUCCCUCCUUUAUCAGAUCUUUAAUGUGCAAUUGGUGGGGUGGUUCUUGAAUAUGAGUAGAGUGCUGUCUUUGCUUCAUAUUUAGGUUGCCGCAACUGAGAACAGUGGCAAGGCUAGUCCAGUAGUGGAGGAAGCCUUUCAGGCACGUGGGGUGGGGUGAACCGCCCAUAGGGGUGGGGCGCUCGGCGCUCUUAGAGAUGGAACGGGGUGCUCAGUGUCCCGUGCUGUCCCUAUGGGCACUGCCACACACCCUGUGCCAUUCCUAUGGGCGCCGAGCACCAUGGGGUGCACAGUGCCCAUAGGGACAAGACCGCGCCCUUAGAGACGAGACGGGGUGUGCGGUGCCCAUAGGGACAGGGUGCACACCAGGGCCUCAGCCACCCUACAGCUGGGGGGGGGAGGCAGGCGGACAGCGCAGAGCCUGCGGGCGCUGAGAUGCAUGGCUUGUGCGUGAGGCAAGCCCCGCGGUGACAAGUGCCGCCCACCAUUUUGUCACCCCACGUCAGGGUGGCACCCAGGGCGGACCACCCCCUCCCCUCCCUUCGUACCUGGGCUAGUCAUCCCUGCAGCCACACUGGGUCCUUAGGGAAUUGUCUGUCCUUAUGGAAAACCAAAAUAACAGUUUGGUCACAAUUGCUAGUACCACUUUCUGUGCCAAAUCUGGAGAAUUGGAACUCUCCUAUCUCUGUGGAGGUGGGUUUAUCACUCAUUUCCUUGCUGAAAGAUUGCAAGGCAUCUUUUUUUUAUAGCUGACCCUAGCAGUUAGAUGGUGGUCACUGUUAACAUUAUUGAAACUGCAUUUGGGGUUGCUGUGGCCGGAAUUACACUUUUAUUCGUCUUGCCAGAAAUGCUAAAAGUACAGGUAGCUGUACUAUUUUCAACUUCCAGUUGGCGAAAGGUUGUUUACAGUGGUAUUAGUGGUGUUUAUAAUUGAACUGUCUGAAUAAUGUUAGAUUAUAUGUAUUUAAAGGUUUUUAAAAGCCAGUAAGAUGUCCAUCAUACAUACUUGACAUUUGCUGCUUCCCUAUUAGAUAUAUUAGCAGGUUAAAGCUAACUAUAAAAAUAGCAACUCAACUAAACUCAGGACAGGAUUGCACUGCAUAUGACAUCGUUUUGUAAAUUUAUUGUGAGAGUAAGAUGCUGACCAACCUACUGCCUUCUCAAAGAUACUGACUUUAGAGAACAACUCCUUCCUUAUGAAUAUAUUGGUAUCAUUUCUAUUAUUCAUUAUUUUAGGGCAACCUUCCCAUGCUGACUGGGGCUGAUGGUAGUUGUAGUCCAAAACAUCUGGAGGGCGCCAAGCUGUGGAAGGUUGUCAUAGUGUUUUGGCCAUUAACGGGUUGAUUGCAAAUAUGUGUUUGUGGUCCUGAAAUAUUUGCAGGUGAAGCAAUGUGGUGGUGGUCUUGUCACAAGAUUAUCCUUAAGGCAGUGCUAUCCUUAAGGCAGUGCUACAAGGCUGCCAUUUUAAAAGCUACAAAACCAAGGCAGAUUUAUUUCAUCUGUUUUUCUUCCAUUGUUUCCAUUGUAUUUAGGGUCACAGCCUAAAUCUUAAGAUUGGUGUGUCCUGGCUUUAGUUGUGUUUGAUACUUUUAUAGUUUGAUAAUUGGACUGGUAGGUCAGGGUUGUAAUUCCCACAGGUAUUCAGAGAAAAAAUGCAUGAAGCUGAGGAGAAAGAAAUACACACACACACACACACACACACACACACACACACACUCUCGUGGAUUUCUGUGUCAACACCGUUUUCUGCAUUUCCCAUAUUCAACUCCAAUUAGAGAUUUAUUUUUGCUUUAAAAAAGACAUAUAGGUUAUUAAAAUGGCAAGAAUUCUGUCUUAAAAGCUUUGGGAAGCAUGGACAGUUCGAUUAUAAUAUUAUGAUUUCGUAUAUUCUUAAAACAGGAUGAGAGCGAUGGCAGUUUCAUCAUGCGGCUUGUAGGAGAGUGUGUGAGAAUCUGAAGGGUGAUAGGUGCCCUUGUACAGAGAGUGCUCUCUCUAAGGGUCAGAUUAGACAUGAUGAUAGUGGCUGUGCUUUUUUUGUUCACAUCUCUGCCUCGUUUUCAUAUAGAAUGGAAGGUGGCGUCUGAGCUUAAUAUUAGAAAGCAUGGACAGGCAUGGAAACCAGAGCCCGUUCCCUCACGUAGUCCAUUGCCCACAUGUGCCCCUCCAGCUCUGCUUCUACACUGGAAAUGAAAUGAGCUGGGAGUAAAUAAUGGGCAAUGAGCCCCAUGUAGUUAAUGCCACGGACUGGGAAGAGUCAGUCCCCUUUAUUGUUGCAAACCUGUUGCAGUUAAAGCCAGCCUCCACCUUACCCCACUUUAUAUGAGACCCAGGAAUAAAUAAGCAUGGCUGCUAUGGUCACAUUAGUUGGCCAUAAGAAUAGAAAUGUGAUAUUAAGGGGUAAUAUUGUCAUACUUGAAAAUGUCUCUUCUAAAGCUGUUGCUCCUUUUCCUAGAUAUACAUUCAUUUUUUAAAAAUGUAAUAAAGACAUUUUCAGUCUCUGAUAAGAAUGUGUAGAGCUUAAAAAGAAAGCAAGUAUACUUUUUGGGUUUUUUUGUAAAAUGUUGUAUUUGACUUUAAAAUUAAAUACAGGGUGUACCUGGAUCUGUUUGGGGUUUAUUGAUGUGUGGUAAGGGUGGACUACAAUUUUAGAGUAGAAUGCACUGUGGAUCAGUGCUUUUAUUUGUACAUAAAAGGGAAAACUUCUUUUCUUUUUAAGUAGCCUGCAUUUUGAGAAUAAUAUUGACAUGCGCUGUGUACCAGUCACUUAUUUCCAUUUUAAAGAUUAUAUUUUUGAGUAAUGGGGAACUGUACAUGCUAUCUCUACAGUUUCUAGAAAUUACUUAGAAAUGUUGCUUUUGAAUAUGUAAUUUGACUUCUUGGCUGUCCCAUGUACUGCUUUAGUAUGUAUUGUGUACCUCAUACCCCCAGCUUUCUGAUGAUAGCAUUUAUUUUAAAAUAUUGUAAUAACCAAUGCAGUCUUUAUUCUUCUUCUCCCCCUACCCUACCAGUUUGGUAAAUAAUUUGAUGCAAUUGUAUUCCUUUAUAAAAUACUUGGCUGGAAUUUUCUUGAAAUAUUGGAAGCAGGGGGAAAAGGUGUUAAAUGUGUAUGUUGUUCUGGGUUUGGUUUUCUAAUUGAUAAUUUCAAUUCAUUGUUCCCAAUAUUCUCUUCCUUGCCCCACCCCAAUGCAAUAGGUAUGUGCCUUUAUAUAUAUAUAUUAAUUUGACAGGUGCUUCCUGUUUGCAGGAUGACUCUUUAAAAUUCUUGUAUAAUUUUUGUCACAGCAGGGCAGUAUUGAUAAUCCAUAUAUUUGUAUUUCAAAUAUGAUUUAAAUUGCAUAUUGUACCUGAUAUAGAAAAUGUAUUGGGGUUUUUUUCUGUAGUAUUUGAUCAUUUUCUAUUCUGUAGGUAGAACAAGCAAGGAAAACCUCGUUGUUGGAGAAGGUUGGAAGUUUAGUUGGGUUUUCAAGCAGAUAUUAGGUCCCAUGUGCUCACUAAACAACAUGCAUGCAGCGUUGGUUCCAGAUAGUUAGUAGCACAUAGCUCCCAUUGUAAUUAAUGGGACAAGUUAGUAGUAACUUGAUUACUGCCUUAGUCUGAUAUAACUGCCUUAGUCUGGGAUCAACCUAUGGUGUUGAGUUUGUUGAACAAGCCUCCUUGCAAUCAAGAGCAUAUGCCACUAACUCCAUUAACUAUUUCCUUCACAGAAUAGCAGAUUGGGGGUGAGUGGGUGUCAAGAUUACUAGAGUGUAGGGGAAAGGCUUAAACCCUACUUCUUGCAUAUUAUAACCCAGACACCUGAUUCUCACUAUUUCCUCUCUUUUCCUUUUUAAGACACAUGAAAUUGGGUUACUCAUUUAUUGCAUUGUCUAACAUGGUCCCAAGAGGUCAGCUGAAGGGAAGGAGCUGCUUAGUGAGUCUUACAGUUUUUGCAGUUCGGAAAGCAACUGCUUACAUCAAUAGUGCUAGUGCAGGCAAGGAGAGUCUCAGCAAACAUGGGGACUUCAUGACACACUAGUGCCAUUUACCAGCUAUUGGUGGAAGCAACAGGAUAAAAGUUUCUGAGACAAAGCAUUUGAUUGUCACUGUGGUAUUAACAAUAUUUUCCCCUGUGAGUCAGUUUUUAAAAGUCUACUACACCUUAUUCUCUGAGAAAUGGUAUUGGUGAGCAUUAUGAGCCGAAUCCUUAAUUCAGUGACCUCUUUGCUUCAUCCGUCUCUUAUCAGAGCUAGGCAGCAGGAACCACAGCUUAAAGGCUAGAUGUGAAGCUGUGGUUCCUGUUGCCUGGCUGUGAUAGAGACAGACUAUAUUCAGAAAAAUAAUGUUGAAUGCAGCUGCAGAGUUGACUUCUUAUUUUAGAAAAAGAGGAAGUCGUCUUGUGAAUUCUUGUUUUGUUUUGAGAGCAGAUUAUAGUAAUACCUGCCACAUUAAUUGAAUGACAAACAGCAAAAUGUUUGAAUGCUGCAUGAAUACCUAGCAACCCAAAUUUUGUUUAGCUAAUAAAAUACAAGUUUAUAGCCAUUUGCACCUGCAGGAAAUUUCUUUUAAUGUACCAUUAUGAUUAAUCAACCAAUAGUUCUGUUGUGGUGAAGGCCACUAAACACCAAAAUGAUUCUAGACUUCAGUUUAUCAAAGCAGAUUCAAUAAUUUCCCCUCAACUGACAUAACAAAUAGCAUAUUUAAUUAUCUGUAAAACAAUUAAAAACACAAGUACAAUUAAAAAUUGCAGGUUGUACAAGCAUUGGUAAGACAUUACUGAAUAAAUGCAUUUAGCAAUUUAUUUUGAAAACAGGGUUUCUGCAAAUGUUCUCAUAUUUUGUAUUUCAAAUGUUUCUCAGUUUAUUUCAUAUUUGAAAUAUAGUUUAAUGGAGUGUAUUGUGUUUUUUAUUUAAACUACUCAAAAAAUGUAUUUUGCCCAGCUCUGCUUGUUCUUACGUAGAUUGAUUUUGAUAUGCUUUCCCUUUACAAAGUUGAAGUGUGAGAACAUGGUGCAUCUAGCCAUCAAAAAAAGUAAAUAAAUUCCUGCCUCUUCUCCCCGCCCCCAGCACUUACUUUGCUGAAGCACAGGGCUUGCUAUGUUAACAUUUUAAUGAUCCUUGACAGUAUGUAAAACAGGAGGUGGUUGAGAGUCCUCCAUUUUGUUAAUGAAACAGGUUUUGGAAAAUAAACUGGCACAAAGUGUC